GGAGAGGCUGGGAAGAAGGGGAUCCUGCAGGACCUGAGAGACUCUACAAUCUACCUCUGCGGCGUGGAAGAAGAAGAAGAAGAAAAACGAGAAAUUAUCAAUCGAAAACUUUACUUCACCAGCUUUACUCCUGGUCGGACUGUUGCGGCUGCACCGUUCUGUGUAACUUGGAGCAUAUUUGCAUUUUAAAAGCUAAACAAACACAAAAAAGGGAAGAAGGAGGAGAAGAGGAGGCAGAGAAGAGCCACGGAGAGAAGUGUGUGUGAGCGUGUCUGCAGAGAGUGGAGGUCUCAGUCAAAUCUCUGCACGGGAGCUGUGGAGCUAACCAGUUGCGCGGUGAAAAAUCUUAAAUUUCUAGAAGAUUUUUUGAUUUUUUUCUCUCUCUCUGGAGGACUUUGUGUGUGUUUUUUUUGUAGAGAAAGACACGCUAACGUGACGCCACGCAUGCCACAACCAUCGAGUCAGCAGUGAACGGAUCCCAAACUCCUUUAAAAUUAAGUUAAAAGACGCUCUUUACGACCCUCUAACGCAUGCAACUUGUCUUUUUUCCUCGUGGGAAUGCUCUCCUGUGAUAUGGGUGCGUGUGGCAUUUCUUAAAAGUUCACAUUAAUUGAGUGGGUCUCGGACAGCAGCGCAAACUUCUACCCCCGUGGCCUGGACUCUUAGUGGUGGAGCCGAGUUAUGCUAAGCUAGCUCAACCGCCGCCUUGCUAACGCUAACGGUUCCUCCCGACGAGUCUUUGUUUUUGUCUUUUUUUUCUGCUUUUUUCUUCACAAAGUGAGCUGGAACACUUCAACAAACCCCCGCUGUACGUGACACAAAAGAAGCACUCAUGCUAAGAGUUGUUGUUUGUUAUUAGCGGGGCUUUUCCAUGAGGAGGAGGAGGCUAACUUUAGCCGCAGCAGCAGCAGCAUCGUUAGCUCAUGUUUGACUGAACACGUUGGACUCGUUCCUCCGCCCAUCUUCCGGGAUGUCUUUUAUUUAUUUUUGUUUACCUGUUGGUCCACGCCGCAUAACAAAACCCGUUUCCUGAAGGCAUAUCUCCUCCAGUCUGAACUGUCCUCCUCCUGUUAAAGGAUUAUUCUGUCUAUAUCUGACCCGGAAUACAGCUGGAUGGGGUCUUAUCCCGACUCAGUUAUGAGGCUCCGGACUUUGUGUUUGUGUUUUUGUGUUUUGAUCGCAGGCGUCUUUGAGAUGAGCUGUCAUCGAGCUAACGGAGAGAGUAAGUAACAUUAUUUAUCAUGUUUUAUCAGUGGAAUUAUUAUUAAAUGUGCCUCUCAGUGUUUCUGAAUACGUGGCUGGCUGCGGUGAACAUAAGAAAACAAAACAUUAUGCAACAUGCUGGGGAGCCAGAGAUCAUAAACAACACACUGAGAGCCAGAUCAGAACAAAAUAAUGGCUUUAGGUUGGCAAAUUUUAGUCUCCUGCAGAUGAAUAAAUAUUUAAAUCAAAUGUAUGUUGAAAGAUUAAAAUUAUCUGCUUUUUAAUUAUACAUUUUAUAGCGAUUAUAGGUAUAAAAUCCAGCACAUACAUAAUUGUCCCUUUGAUUUCAAUCUGUUUUAAUAAACAAAUUAUACACUGUAAAAAUAUCUAUAAUUGCAUCAAGUAAAUUUAAGUAAAAUACGAUAAUUGUUGUGUAAAAAAACAAAAAGCACCUGCUGCAGGAUUUAGAAAAUGAAUCCAAGUGCUUUUAUUUUGACAGACACAGACAAGAUGUUCUUGAUAUGCCUCAAAAAUAUCAGGACUUUUUUCAUCUUUAAUGUUUAAAAAAGAUAUAGUGCAUACAACAGUCAGUCAAAUUUUAUUUAUAUAGUGCCAAUUCACAACAGUCCUCAUCCCAAGAUGCUUUCCAAAGAACAAGAGCAGGUCUAGACCACACUCAUUGUUUGAUGAAUUAUCAAGACCCAAGCUAAGAUGGGAUUUGGCCCAUCUCAUCUAACAUGAGUGACAGUGGUAAGGAAAAACUUCCCCUUAACAGGCAGAAACCUUGGGUACAUAGCAUUUGUUGAAAACAAGUCGCAAAUCCGAAUCAGAAUGUCCUUUAUUGUCAUCAUACUGAAAGUACAACGAGAUUGGAGAGCUUCUCCUUUUCCAGUGCAAUAGACAAGUAAAAAUAAGGUAAUAAAAGUACAAAUAGUUGUAAGAAAGAAGGUACUAUAUAUACAAGACAAUAAUUCUACAGAGUAUUUAAAAUAAAACAUGUAUAAGAACAAAAUAGAGAGAUAAUUACUCUGUAGAAUUAUUGUCUUGUAUACAUAUUACCUUCUUUCUUACAAAUAUUUGUACUUUUACUACUAAAUCAGAUGCAUUUUUGCUUAAUUAAAUCAAAAAAAUUAUAACAAAAAUCCUGUAAUUGUCUGUUAUUUUACAGAAGCACGUGAUUUUAAUAUGAUUUUGAGUUGUUUUGCAGCCCUAUCUCUGUUCCUGACUUUCUAAAUUUGUCAGUGAUAUGAUAGAAGCACUCAGGCAGCAACAGCUGUUUUAAAGUCAGCCACUGCAUUGAUGGGACAAAGGUUAACACUUAUCACCUGUUUGAGUCUGCAAGAACUGUAAACAAAGGUUUUUUUUUUUACCCCCCAAAAAGCUUGUCUGUUGAAGUCUGGGAAUUCAGAAGAAUUAAUUUGUUGUUAUUGUAGAGAGGAAAGCCUGUUGCUGUGGUCAGUGCAGGAAUGUAACAAUAAGCCCUCUUUACAGCUCCUGACAAUCCCUUUAUAUUCACCAGCCAACAAGCCCGGGUGAUAAGAAUGAAUGAACACAUUUGCAAUCGCCCGGAGACAUUUUCACAUUUCUCAAAGCCCACAAUGGCUGCACACACGCUCACUGUGUCUCUCAGUCGGAAUCUGUUACUUAAAGCAAAUAUUGGUUAUGAGGAAAUGUAAAGCAAACCUGUGGGACUGCUUGCUGAUUCAAAUGUCUGUACAGGAGAGUUUUUAGGAUGACAACAACAGAGAGCACUCUGGUAAAUGUGACACGACAUAGUUUACCGCAUACAGAUGGUAUGUGUGAUUGAUUUAAACCUGAGUCGGUGAUUCAUUCGAGGUUAGAGUUGAUUUAUAGGUGAGAUAGAAGGAAUGUCUCCUUUAAAAAACCGUGCCUGUGGUCUCCCUGCUUUUCAGACCUGGUCAAACAGCAAAAUAAAUAUGACAGUCCUUUCGACUCUUUGCUUAGUUGGAGGGAGAGUUGGCUUGUGUAAGUUCAUGUGUCUACUUUGCUUUGAGUUGUGAAAUCAAAACACUAAUGCAGCUGCAAGCGUUGAUAGAUGGUCGAGCGGAAACAGUCACUUCAUCAACAUGGAAUUAUAAAAUCAUAAACUUAUAGUAAAUCUUUGCGUGCAAUCGUAAGCCCAACAUCCAAAUGCAAUGCAUCAGAUAUGGUGCUCGGUUGCAAAAUACCGCAGCCUUUCAAAGAUGGUUUUAUUUACAGUUGUAGAUUAUCCGCUAAAGUACUCUAAUGUAUAAUCCAUUCAUAUUUUCUUUCCUGAUUUGUGAGAUUGGUUGCUUGUUUAGCACUUAAUCUCGACAAGAGCCUGCACUAAAUAACACACACUCGUCCUUUGUUCAGUAUAUGUAAACACAGCUUGUACCCCCCCUAACCAAAGCUCCGCAGUCCAUGAUGUUGGUAGUUAAAGAGGCACGCUGAAGGAGAAGAAAAGCACACACUUUCUCAGCUUUCAUCAGAUUGUAUCGAGGGGCGAACGGAGCGAUGUCAUCAAACCAGUUUGAGCAAGAAUCCGAAGACAUAAAUCAGCGGCAAGUUGUGUAAUUGCCCCUUGACUUGAGCGUGAACCACAGAAGGGAAAAGUGGAACCUGGGCCUCACACUGGCCGAUUUCAUAAAGUGGACAAAUCGGUGCGCAAGUCAGGAAAUCUUUUGAACCACUUGCUGGUAGAUGUACAACUCAGCUUGAUGGAAAAAUCUCUUAGUAAUGAAAGCUUUUAUUAAGUCGAAGCGUGUACAUUAAACUGAUUUGUUUGGAUAAGCCUGGCAGUUGAAGAUUUUUAUGCCUUUUUUUGCAAGUAUGUUCUAUAUUUCAUAUGUCUUCCUGUCAGUGAGCCCCAGCAUGGGCCCCUUAUGUAGCAAGUCACUCAGCCGAGCCUCAGAUUUUCUGAAAGAGAGAUAGCAAUCUUCAGAAACAGAUGGUUUGUCAGCACUUUAUGUUUUUUUCGUAAGGUAUAUGCAAAAUCUUCAGACUCCUGACAACUGAAGAGAAAUGUUCUGAAUAGAAAAAAAACUGCUGCUCAGAUUGUCGUGAAAUCUGGUGGACGGCUGCAGCACUCAGUUUGAGAGUCAGACCACCUCCUCAUGAACCAGCAGCACAGGUGAAUUUUAGACAUAAAUAUGCACAGCUGUACUCCUGAAAAGUUUUUGGAAAUUUCAGAACAGACCGCCCCCAGAUCUUUUUUUUCCAAAGUUAGCCUUUCCACAUCUCUCACAGUGGGAUUUUUUUAAUGUUGGAUGGUCUUGGUGGGUGGUCCGGACGUUAAAAGGAUGCUGUUAUAGUCACCCCGCAGCAGGUGAAUCAGAGUUUGAUGCCUUGAACAGUUUUUACCGCUGUAUCAAAGCUCAGCGUGAUUAGAGAGAUUCACACUAUCAAGAACUAAAAGGGAAAUCACAGACCAACCAGCACAAAAGAGGAGGAGGUAGCUUCAUUAUCAGUUCCACAAUCACACCUGUCGCUGUCAUGCACCAGUGACUGAUAAAAACAUCAUCAACCCUGUCCCUUUUCCUGCUGUAAGAAUGAACUUUCAUCCACAUAGAAAUGAUCUGAAAACGUAUAGAAGUUAAAAGUUGUUUUUGUGUAACCCAUGGUGAAACUGAGAUCUUAUGGCCAAUCAAAACGAACAAGUUUUCCAACUUGUGCUGCCCUGCUUGUGACCCAGACUCCUGUGCUUAUUGCUGAUGUAGUCGAGCAUGUGCAGAACCUGAGUCUAAGAUGCGUAUUUCAAGCGUAGCAACAGCGUAGUGCUGCCCCGGUCAGCUGGGCUCAGUAUAAAGGAGACAACAUGCUCACAACAGGUUGUUUUGCCUUUCUGUGGUCUUAUUUCCUGCUAAUUUGGAUAUAAUUCAGUGACUGUUGAGCUCCUACUAUAAGUGAAAAAGCAACGUGAUUUUACAGUUUCGGUUUUUGGAGGUUUACUCGUGUUUAAUAAGGUAAACUUUGUUCCUUUAUGCUGUGCUGUUACCUUCAGACAAAGUUAGCAGUUAAAAGUCCACAUGGAUCAUGGAUUGACCAUCAGAUUGUUCUGUGUUACUGAUAAAUCUAUAAACAGGAAGAAUUUCUCCUCUACAUGAACCGAUACACAGCCGAGAGUUUGUAUAAGGUGUUUUAUUUUGAAAUACUGGGUGCAUGAGUGGUUUUUUGUGCUUGACUUCCUGUGUAGGCUGAUCUUCUCUGUGUGGAUUGAUGCGUAUUGGAAGCGUAGAGCAGCAAAAAUAGACUCUUAGCAUAUCUUUAGCAGAGCCACGCUCGAUGCGAUGGUGCCAUGCUCUGAAUUAGCAUCCUGUAUGUUUUAGCCUUAAGAUGGAACAAUAAAUCGCAUCGUAUAGAAUCUAUGUAAAACAAUAAAGCAGUCAUACAAAAGCUCACUACCUUGAUAGUAGCCUGAUAACAGCCCAAACCUGGUCUAUACUUCUCUGUUUUCUUGUAUUACUUACUUGAGUUGGAGCGUCCAUGUAAUUCUGCAGCACUCAGCUAUAUCGCUAGUCAGCAGGGUGAUGUCUGUGCUCCUCACAUUGCCAGUUUCUGGUCUCGCCACGUAGCAAUCCAAUCGUGGGACUUGCAAUCUGCAUUUUGUCAACCUGUAGUUAUAUGUUUGAGGAGAUGCAUGUGAGACCGUGUGUGCAGUCUUCUGCAUACAGAGCAAUCCACACACAGCUUAUGUCAUGAUGUACAGUCGAUCCAAGGCCCGGUUCAUACUUGUGAUGGUGCAGACUCGCUGCAUGCAGCCCAGCACGUCUGAAAGUUCACUUGUUGUCAUUGUGUGUUGCAACCGCCUGCUUUCCAAAAGGUGGUGUGGAGUUAAGUCAACCUUGUGAAGUCAUUGAACACACAUAUGAAGCAUUGGUGUGCAGAGGGUCUACACCAUGAGAAGCAGGUUUAACAUCUUUUAGACAACUUUAUUUUCAAUUACCACGCUUUUAAGUUUCUAGAAAUUCUGUCAGGGUGGUGGUAAACUUCGCCUGAAGUCUGUCAUUAUUUGUUCAGUGAAAUGCAAGUUCUUGUCCAUGUGACUUCAAUGUGUUGUCACUGCAGAAACAACAAAAACUGCUGUCAACUUCCAGCUCGCCCGGUGUUAGAUCAUGUGUUUGAGGUCUCAUGUUAUCAGACUGCAGCCUUCUUGUGCCAUGAUAAAAAAAUCACUUUGGAAAGAGUGGCAGACAGCAGGGGUUCGCUUUGAAGCCCCAGGCAGCCUGUUGUUGUGCACAGAUCUGGCCAGGGCAGGUCUUGUAAGAGGGUACCACAAUCAGCGACCUGGCACCUCUGAUUUCUACCUCAUCACAUGGAUAGCCAUCGUGAGGUGAUGAAACCUCCGCCGCCUGACACCUCAGACUCUACAAAAACACUUCAAACGAAAACAGCAUGGUUAACUGCCACUGCUGUCUCAAGCAUCAGCAGCAUGAGUGUGUUUGACAUGUGCACAAUAGAGUGAUUUCUGCACUUGUCACCCUCACCAAUGGCUGCGUAAUCCGGGUCGACAGGUUCAUUUUGAGAACUGGCACACCUGUAAUCUUUCACUUGGACCACACAGGCGUCUGACAAGAAAGCCUUGUUGUGUCAGAUCUGUACCAUUGACUCCGUGACCCUGCUGAAAGGAAAUUCGCUUGUUAUUGUGUGUUCACGCUUCAGAGGUAAUAAUAACCUCAUUGCCAACGUUGGCAGAGAGAAUAAUUGGUAAAUGGAUGCAGCUGGUGGGCAACUGAAACACAAAAGGAUCUUUGGUCCGGAGCGAUUUCUCUACAAGGAUUCACAUCAAAAAGGCCAGAGGGAACUCUGUGGUUUUGUAGGCUCUCUUUUACUCCAUUUCACUCUAUAUAAAGACUGCAGGCAGGAGAGCUUUGGUUUCAUUUCUUUCUCUAAACUGUUGCGCUGUGUCGUAGCGUCAGUGUGCUGCACUUCCAUGUCACCCUGACCAAGAGCUGGCACAUUAGAUAACAUGCUUUACCUCUUACUCUAAAGCAGAACUUUUAACUCAUGAGGAAGACUUCUGGUAGUUUCUCAACCUGGCUGCAUUUUUUCUAGUUGUAGCAAUGUAGCGCAGUUUCUCCCCUCACCAACUGUGACUGCAGCCGAAAGCCUCACCAAGUUAGACAGCUGAGUAUCCUGAAACACGAAACAGCUGGUAUGCAGUGUCAGAUCUUGAUAAAACAGAGUUUAGUAGUUUGCAUUCAAUGUAAUUAGACAGUGCAAAAAAAGAGCAUAUCAAAGGACAAAGUCAAAUAAGAUUUUUUUUUAUUUUAAAUUUGAUGAUGUGAACAGACAUAAUGAUUUUGAGCCUGUGCGGUGAUUUCCACUCCAGAGUCACGUCUGUGUCUAAUGCCUUAAGAUUAUGGACAUCCAGUAUAACUUUUGGUCCCAUUGGUUUUGUAGAGAUUUUCCAGGUUCUCUUGAACUAUUAAUGAAAUUAUAAUUGAUACAGUGUGGAGGAAGAAAUCCCCAAAUUUACACUGAGGUAAAUUUCUCUGUAAUUGUUGAACUGUUAGCUCACGCAGUCCCUCACAGAGUGACUCAACCAUUCUUUGACUUAACUUUGUCAGUGUUUAUUUGUCCCUGUCUUUGUUUUUUAAAAUGUGUUGCUGGCAUUCAACCUUUUAGUUUCAAUAUUUGAUAAGUUGUCGAAAUGAAACGUAACACCAAAAUUAGUUUUAAAAAGCGUUACAUCUGACUUUUUUUGUAACACAUCCGCAAGCUCAAAUGUGUUUUGAAAUGUGUCAUUGCUCCUUUAAUUCAGAAGCGAAUACAGAACCUCUGUGUUUUUUGCACAUUAAUGGAAAAACUACCAUUGCAGUAUAUUUCUAUUAUGGGAUGUACUAUUAAUUGUGAUAUUAAAAAAAUACAAGAAUACAUAAAUGCAGUAUUUUAGGAGUACUUGAAGCUUUCAGUAAAUAUACUAUUAUUUUGAUCCUCAGUCCACUUUCUCACUGUCCUACCUUCUGUCAGGGGCAGUGUUGCAUGCUUGUUAACAUUUUACCGCUGUGUAACAUAGAUUCUGCAUGCACACCCGCCUGUUCUCUGCAUGUUUCAAUGAGGGGAUGCAUGAAAGUGAUAUUGAUUAGAUGUUUACCGGAGAUUAAACCUUGAUAAAUGAGGAAGUGGUGACCGCCUGGCCUGUUUCAGGUCAUCUAACUGACAGUAUAAGUCCCGUCAUGUGACUAUUGCACAUGCACACAUUGCAGCGGUCAAACGGGAAAUCUGUCUCCCUUACCGCAUACCUUAAAACUGAUGCAUCAUUAGAUUUUACAACUCUCCUCAAAGUGGAUUACAUCACAUGUCAGUUUGGACACAGCGAGCCGAACAUGUAGCUGGGUGACCUCGGCAUUUUGUGGAAACAGCCGAGCAGUGAAACCUUUAAAAAGGGAAGUGUUGCAAUCACAGUUUCUGCAUGCUUAUUGAGGCCUCAGAUCUCUUCUGAGCCCGACAGAAUAUAUACUAUCAGUCUAACAACCUGCAGCCCCUCCCUCCUCCCUCCCUCACACACACACCCUCACAUCUCUGUCCACCUCCUCCUCAAGAUGCCUGUUGAUGCUUGCAGCCGCAGUGAAAGGAUCGCGAGUUUGCGCUUUGAAGCUUAUAUCUUAGUGUGAAGAUAUGUUCAGUAUUUGUGUUCUCACAUCUCUGUUAUUGCUCAGUGCGUGUUGAUUUAAAUUUAGGAGCAUCUUGUGACCCAGAUAUGAUGAAUGCCAGACAUUCAAAGUGGUAUCUGUGGAAAUAUUACAAGACAACAGCAAUGCUCUCAAAGGCGUAUUAACUUCCUGCUCUUGUUUUAACUUGUCCGCAUUAUUGCACAGAAUCAUGUCACUGGAUUUGUGUAGGCAGUUUCUCAGCAGAAGUCACCUGGUAGAUGUCGAUAUAUUGACGUAUCUGCGGGUGUUUUUUUCCUCGCUCAGAUGGAGCUGUAUGGAUUCCCUUCAUACCUGCUCUCUUAUCGCAGCAUAAAACACCUUCAGAUGUCUGUCAGAAUUUCCCCCUCAGCACUUUUUGAUCGCAUACAUACUGCAUGUGCUUAUAACUUGCAUUAAUAUGUAUUUGCUUUAUUUUUUUUAUCUGCUGAUUCCUAUUUUUACAUAAUCAGAACUAAAAGGGUCACUCUCAAGGUCCUUACACACCGACACAAAUAUACGAUGUGAAAUUACGAAAUAUUUGGAGGUGAAUUUUGACGCGCCUGACGAUACACACCAAGUGCGAUGCGAUUUUACGACUUUCUGGGGGGGAAAAAAAGACGUCACGAGUGGAAGCGAGAAGACUGACGCAACAGCAGACUGACUGUUUUCAGUUCUGAUUAGACACUAGUGUUGAGAUGUCUGUCUGUCAUGAUAGCAUGUACUGAGUCUGGGCCAGUACCAGAUAAGCACAUUAAACUAUAAUCCAUCAACGUAAGGUAACAACCGAGACCUAAUGGUGCUGUGACAGCAACAAGAUUGAGUUUGAGACGGUGAAAAUACAUAUGGUAUGUUGUAUCUGAACAGGUUAGCUAAGUUACUUAGCACAGAUGAAAGUUAGCAAACUGUUAAAGCACACAAACCAUCGUCAUAUGAGAAAUCCGACGCUAUGACUCUCCACAAGUUGUCCUUCAGGUCGUUAUCUUUGUAAUGUUUGUGUGUUUUUUAUCAAAAAGUACUCUGUUCUACGACAUGUAAACAAUCAGCCGGUCGGCCAUGUUGGAUACACAGGUGAAUCAGACAUCGCAAUAACACGAAAUCUGAUUGGUCAGAAGAGGACACACAGUAUGCGAACUUUAAGAAAAUUCGACCGUGAUACGAAAAAAUAAAUGCUGCAAUAUCGCAAGACGGGAAAGCAUCGCUGUUGGAACGCUUCUAUUGACCGGAUAUGGGUUCUAAAAACAAAUAGACAUCCAAAAUAAUCGCACGAAAAAAACGGUUGCGGUGUGUAAGGACCUUGAGUCUGAAAUGGUCUCCUCUAGAUGCCUCAAUGGGCCAGAUGUGGCCGUCAGUUCAGGUUCUAGUCAAUUAUACGAAAUAUUAAGCUAAAAUUAAAUGUUUUUAUUUGUGAAGCUUAAAACUGGAGCUUUGUAUGAGUGAAGAAGAAUAUAAAAGAGUGCGUAUCAGCUAUAGCUCUCAGAUAUGAGACUUAUUCUUGGUGCUUUUAUUAACAUGAUUUUAACAUUUUUCUCCUGAAUCCAGAAUAAUCCAGUGAGACUUUUUCAUUCAAGACUAAAUAAACACCAGUUAAUCUGAGGCGUUGCUUUCCCAAAUAAAAUAAAAAAACAUUCAGUAAGUUUUGGUGUAUUUUAUUAGUAAUGCUUGUAUUGUAGUAACAGUGAAAUAGUGUAUAGUGUGGCCACAACGUUUACCUCAAAACUUUCAUUUUAACUCUCAUUAGAGAGCUCCAGUCCUUGUGAAUAUCAAUAGGUCUUUUAGCUCACUGUGUUGCUAACAUAAAAAGCGUAAUCCUGCUCAGCUUCGAGUAACCUGGAGGAUCAUUAUUCUCAGAGGUGCAGACCCUGACAGACUUCUGAGGGCAGCAUCAGUGAAGAUCCGUGUUCCUCUAAUGACUCUAAUUGAUGAUUCAGAGCACCGGGGCUGUUUUUUCGACGUUUUCACUCCUGUCUGGCUGUUCGCUGGGAAUGUAUGGAGAGCUGGAGCUGGCCUGGUCACCAUAGCAACCUUUGUGAAAUUCUCUCCAUUUUUUUCUUCUUUCCUUACAAUACAAGCAGCAUUUAAAUUCUGGUAUGAACCUGAUUUGUUUUGCUGAAGUUUUUCUCUUGUUGUCAUGGGCUGAGCCUCGGCGCUCCACUGUAAGACGGCAACAAAAAUAGUUCUCAGAAGAAAAAAAAAAAAAGUUCCUACUUCUGCCAAGUUUUGUUUCCAGCCUAACUCUUCACACAUGAAAAAUCAGCGCGGAGACUUCUUCCUCUGCUGCAGCUCUAAAAUUCCUCACUUACACACCAGGACUGCCAUGUUCCAGUUUCCAAUGAGAGCCACUAUCGGAACGGCUGGAGUGUAUUAAAUUCUCUAUUGGGAAUGUGUUGCUAAAAAUACAGGCCUGGCUGAAAGCGUACACUGAAAGGAGCCUGGACUCGCAGCCCUGUGAUGAUUCGCCUUCUCCACAGGGUCACCCGGUACUCUGACGGCUGAUUACACCCCAACUACAGAACCUCUGUCCUCUUGUAUUGUCCAUUAGACCGCUUUGUUGGAGAGUGUGUGGGAUCCGGUACGAGAAAGAGGAAGGCUCUCUGUAAUCAUGAAUGUGUUGUGUUCCCUAAUGCUGACUCCUCUGGCGGUUACCGUCACGUCACUUUGACGGGAAAUGUUUCAUUUGGACUCGGAUGUGUUGAAAUUACAAGUUUGGGAGGGAAGCAACUCAUGCUUACAAAUUGACUUUACUGCCCAAACCACAUAGAGGACUGCAGAUCUAAAAGGAGUCUGAAAAGGGACAUGUCGCCAAGUUACUUUUAAUAGCUUGCAGCUGAAACCCAUGUUAGGGCAUUUUGUGUGUACUUUAAACAAGCCACAAAGUUGUAGUCUGAACUCUAGAUAGUGAGCCUGCUGGUUAAGGUCAUGCAGUGAAAAGCUUGUUGUUUGGACACUCUGUGAUUGGACACUGUGUUUGUAUGUGUAUGUAUGUGUGUGUGUGUGUGUGUGUGUGUCACUUGUCUUGUACUCUUAUGUAACGGAAGGUGUAAAAUGAGCUGCUGCCAUAAAGAGGUGCACGCCUAGCUGUUAUACCUCUUCCCCACAUGGCUGACCAGUUGGCCUGAUGUGCCCAGAUCUAUGGUGGGCCAGUUGGUAAACAAAUACAGUCCUCUCACCAGGCAGAGCUCCUCCAGCUGCACCCAUGACUUGUGAACUGUAAAAUCGGGCCUGGAAUGUCCUAUGUAGCACCUGCAAAGGAAAAUGUUUUUAUGGCCGUCAUUACUCGGGGUUAUGUCACACAAAAGCAUAUGCUCUGGAGUUUGGCUGAUAUCCAGAGUAGAGAGCUUAGGAAAUCCUCAUUACUGCUGGCUCUCUCCAUCCAGAAACCCCCUGAGUGUGAUAAUGUGUGAUAUAUUCUGCAGAAGGUUUUGAGAUCACAUCGGCAUCAAACUAGGGUUGUACAGUUCACAUUUAUGUAUUCAAACAAAAAAAAUAAAACUGGUGAUUUGUCUGGAGCCCAAGACAGAUUUCCCCUGGCGGACAACAAAUGUAUUGUAUCUUAUCCUAUUAAAUAGUAUCAUAUGAUACUGUAUCGUAUCCUAUCAUAUUGUAUCGCAUCAUAUCAUAUCGUGUUACCGUAUCGUAUUAUCAUAUCAUAUCGUAUCGCAUCAUAUCAUAUCGUAUCAUAUCAAAUCAUAUAUCAUAUCGCGUCGUGUCAUAUCAUAUUGUCGUAUUGUAUCAUAUCGUAUCAUGAUAUUGUAUCAUAACGUAUUAUCGUAUCGUAUUAUUGUAUCAUAUCGUUUUAUCUUAUAUCAUAUUGUAUUGUAUCAUAUCAUAUCAUAUUAGCGCUCCGUGUUAUCAUAUCAUAUCGUAUUGUCGUAUCGUAUCAUAUCAAAUUAUAUCAUAUUGUGUCAUAUCACAACGUUGUAUUGUAUUAUCUCAUAUCGUAUUAUUGUAUCAUAUUGUUUUAUCAUGUCUUAUCAUAUCGCAUCGUAUCAUAUCCUAUCACAUUGUAUUAUAGUGUAUUGUACCGUAUUGUAUUAUUGUAUCAUAUCAUAUCAAAUCGUAUCUAAUUGUAUUGUGUUGUAUCAUAUCCUUUCAUAUAUAAUAUCAAAUUGAAUCAUAUUAUCGUAUCAUAUCGUAUUAUUGUAUCGUAUCAUAUUGUAUUAUCGUAUCAUGUAGCUUAUCAUAUCAUAUCGUAUCGCUUCGUUUCGUGUUAUCAUAUCAUAUGGUAACUCGUAUCAUAUCAUAUUGUAUCAUAUCAUAUCGUAUGUAUCAAAUUGUAUUGUAUCAUAUCAUAUAGUUGGUUUGCAAUAAAAAGUGUAAAUACUGAUCGAUCAUGUAAUAAGUUUCCAAAAUAAUUUAAAUGAUUAGGAAUACAGAGAUACUUUUACAUCCCAUCAUAGUCUUUCAUUCCUCUUCACUGUGUCACAGCUGAACUUGAACAAGUUGAGACCUUAAAGCUGAGAUCUGUCUGUGAGGUAGUGUAGCUAAGCAAUAUUUAAUCCAACAGGCCUACACUGUAUGUCUGGGUGAGGAAUGACAAAGCCACAAAUCUUCUACUGGUGCACUACAUGGCUAUUAGUGCCCCAAUCCCCUUCACAGACAAAUAUUUUUAAUACAUUAGCUAAUGUUUUUUAUGGACUUGAAUUACAGAAGCAACUCCACAAAUCAACUCAGCGUAACCAAGGAUGAGCAUGGCCUCACUCUGAUGACAGCGCUCCAUAUUUGACAGCAGUCGGCUGCCAGAAAUGUGGUUGCUAAACAAAACGUCAGCGAAGAUGGUCUGGUCUUCAUCAAAGCAGGAGACAUGACCACAUAUUUUUCAGUAAAAUAUCCCCUCUAAUUACCAAGAGAGCUAUUUUUUAUCCUCCUUUAGACCGCCACAGACUGCUGCAGACCCCGGGGUUUUCAAGUUUGCAGGACAGACGACUUGCCUAAUGCAUCAGUCAUUUUCAUGAGGUGUAAUCCACAGAUAAAUUCACAAGAUUUAGUGUGUUUGGGUAACCUUUCUGCCAUAUUUUGGAAUCAACAAAAUCCCUGUUCAUAAGGCAACACUGUCCUAACCCUCAAGGCUUUACCCCGCAGCCUUUCAAUGUAAAUACUUUUUAGAGUUUUUUUGUGAAGCUAUCUUGUCUCUAAUAAGAUUUGUUUUUUAUCUCUCCUCAGUUUGUCCAAGUAAGGACAUCCGGAACAAUGUGACCAACCUGCGCACGCUUGAGAACUGCACAGUGAUCGAAGGCCACCUGAAGAUCCUGCUCAUGUUCAGGACCAAGCCAGAGGAUUUCCGAGGUCUCCGUUUCCCCAAACUGAUGGUGAUCACCGACUACCUGCUUCUCUUCAGGGUUUACGGCAUGGAGAGCCUCAGCGAUCUCUUCCCAAACCUGACCGUGAUCAGAGGCAACAACCUGUUCUUCAACUACGCUCUGGUGAUGUUCGAGAUGCUCCAGCUGCGGGAGAUCGGCCUCCAUAGCUUGAUGAACAUCACCCGAGGAGCCGUGAGAAUCGAGAAGAACCCAGAUCUCUGCUAUCUCUCCACUCUGGACUGGUCAAAGAUCCUGGACUCGGUGGAGGACAACUACAUCAUGGCAAACAAGAACGACAGAGAGUGUGGAGACGUGUGCCCGGGGGCAGCCAUCGGAAAGACAACCUGCCAGACGACCACCAUCAACGGGCACUUCAGUGAGCGCUGCUGGACACAGGACCACUGUCAGAGAAGUAGCCUUUUUUUCCUCAGUUGUUCCUAAACGUUCAUUUAACAGAUUUCUAAAUGAUUUGUUUCUCAGGAGAGGUGAAAAUAUCUGAAAUUAGAUUUAUUUGUUUACGUCAUUUCCUUUUUGAGUUUGCGGCUGUUUUAUUUACUUGUUUUAAUUUCUCUAAGUUUCUAAAUGAAACACAUCAAAUUCGCCAGUCAUUUAAGGAGUGUAGUUGUUGUCUUUGCAACACCAAGUAAGACUUCAAUUAGGGCUGGGCGAUAAACCGAAAAUUUACAGAUACAGAAAUUUACGACCAACAUCAUUUUGCCCAUGUCAAUAUAUUCGGUGUCAAAAAAUAAAUAAAUAAAAGUUGGUUUGGAUGUGUGUAGGUAGGCUGUGGUCUCAUGUCUCUUUAAGACACUGUCCUACGUCAGAGACGUGACUCCACCCCAUCCAGUCCAUAACAAAGAGGGGAAGACAGGUGAGGAGUCGGAGGACGGUUCAAAAGUUGAAGUGGCUGGAGCUGCGGCUGAAGUAGACGAAGUUAAUGUGGGAGGGGGUGAGCAGCUUGUGGAGUAGUUAUCGUCCAUUUAUCGUUAUCGAGGUGAACUGCUCAAUAUAUCAUGAUAUUAAUUUGAGGCCAUAUCGCCCAGCCCUAAUUCAAAUACCCUGAAUUUGACCACUUUCUUGAAACAAUUCCUAUAAAAAUCAAACAAAAAAACAGAUUUAAUCCUGAUGAGUCCUAAAGUUUGAAUAGUUAACUGUGAUUCAUUUUAAGUCCAAAGACAACUAAAAUCUCUCACUGACAUCCAUCGCUCCCUGGUUAAUGCAGCACCAGUAUUUAGAAGUUCCACUCUGUAGCUUUCUCUGUCAUACAGGUUUUGUGUGCAUGAAACUAACGUUCCCUGCAACAAUACGGCAUAUGAAAACACGCCAGUCCUCGAAAAUGCUGACUGGCACGCACCCUUUUAGCGAGGACUGUAAUUAACGUCUUUGAUGUAGUUUCACCUACAGGUGUGUGCCAAACAAUUCGAACAGUGCCAACUAUUAUGAUGUGACUUUCUUCUGGCAUUAGCGUGAUUGGCUGCACCUGAAUGCUUAAUUCAUAGGUGUCAUCUCAAAUUCUGAGCACUCCACUGAUAUUUCAUUUCAUUAAACACAACAUUUGUAUUACUCUAGACUCAUCGACUGAACCAUCUGGGAGAUUUUAUAGUGAAACAUGCCUUUGUUUUCCAUCACAGUGGCAGCAGGAAGAUGCUACAAUGGCUUUUCUACUGUCAUCUGAAAGAGACAAAAUCGCACAAGUUAAAUAACGCAUAAUUGAUUUGGGACUUUAAUUAAAUUGUGAUUGACACUGUGAUGCUGACAGCCCUUGUUGUAGCCUGUCAAUCUUUCAUUAAGAUCCACUUAAUAGCUUCUUUUAGAGCUUUAAACCACAUUUCGCUGACUCAAUCAACAGGCUCUGCUGCUUUGACACAUUUUUGUCAAAACUCUAAAAGCAGAAAAAACAUAAAGCUUUUUUCACAACACGAGAAAUAGCUUCAGCUGCUUAAUUUAGCAUUUUUUUUUUCUGUAUAAAUGUGCAUUAAAAACCAAAACAGUUCCUCCAGAGUUCUUCUCACCGCCAUUUUCGUUUCGCCCCACAUGUUGUUUUCUUUCUCUCUUUUUAGACUAAAGGUGAUCUGCGGCCCGGUGGUUGUUUUGCCAAAAGCUGGCUGAAUCCCUUUGUAGUGUUGAAAUGUCAGAGCUGUGUCAUUAGCUCAGGUUUGGUUAAGUAGGCCAUGUUCUGUGUCAGUACAGCUUGAACCACACUCUGAGGUGACACAACACCUCUGCCAGAUAGUCUCUGAAAUGUUUACCCUGAAUAGUCGGUGUAGCUUUGUCACUGCUCAUGCUGUGUGGUAGGAGGAAAAAGAAAGACGACAUCAUCGCACAUUUCUCUUUGUUCCCCUUUUUAAGAGCAGCUCCCGUGACAUGGGCCGUUCCCUGUGUGUUCCGUCCUUUACUGUAAAAUGACAAGCCCACCCAUUUCACACAACCAAAGAGUUCAAGUUCGAGUGCUGGGAAGAAUUUUGCGCAUGGGUGAUGCCUGAACACCUUGGCUCGCACCAUUACGCAACGCCGCGUACACGGGUUUAGCAGCUCAUUUGAAGGAGUUUUUCAGCACAUGUCAGCUUAUUCAGGCGCUUAUUAAAAUUUGUUUGCUUUAGUGGCUGCAUUCAAUUUGUGUUUGGCUGAGGGAGGUCCAUUAUUAAGCUCUGCGGUGUCUUUGUGUUGUUCACAGGUUUUCCACUAAUGACUUUUUGCUUGACGUGGUUGCUCACAGAAGGCCUUUUGUCAAACUGUGUUGUUUGUUAAGGAGGACUAAAGUGGUGUAUAAAAACUCUCGCUGCACACAUGAUUUCCUAAUUUGCGCACAAUGACGAUGAAUAAAGACCAGACGUCACCUGGCAAGCUCUGAUCCUGAGUCAUGGCUCUGCAUUCAGCCGGGGCAGGGCCUGCGGUCUUGCGGUUCGGGACCUGUGGUUUAUUGCCUACUUUCACUAAAGCAUGAAAAGAGCCGUUAAGCCCGAGCUGGAACCGCAGGACAGAGUGAGAGGCAUUCACUGACCUCCUCUGUUUCUGCUUUUUAGAGACCUACUGUCGUCUUUCAAGUAAACUUAGAGUUUGAGAGUUUGUAAAUCAUUCAAAGUCUAUAUUUUAUUGGAAAUAGUAAAAACAACAACAGAUGAACUGCUGAUUAACUCAUGCAGUCUCUCACAAAGUGGUGAACCUCUUCUAGUCUUUACAUCUGAGAGCCACAUGGCCUCCUUUGAAAGCCCAUUUUAUAGUCUAUCCUGUUACUUACAUGUUGCAAAUUAAUAUAAUUAGUUUGAAACUGUUUUUUGAGGUGUUUUUAAUCAUGACAAAAAUGAUUACAUGAUAAUAUGUUUCAUUUUAAACUUCGAUUGGUUGUCUUUGCAGUCUUUACAUUUGAAUAAAGGCUUCAAAUGAUUUGCAAACCAUCAAACUGUUUUACAUUUCACAAGGCGUCACAAACCUCAUGGAAACCAGGGUUGCUGGUUUGUAAUUCAAACCACAGUUUGUGGUUAAGUUCUGUAAUUGUCAAAGGGCACUGCAGGUCAUACACACGCUCUAUAGUCUUUAAACUAACAGAAAACAAAGCUGCAGCACCACGAGGCUUGGCUUAGCUCCCAUGUAUGCAGUCACAACCCAUUUCCCUUUCCCAGCCUCUGUUACAGGGGUCAUUUGAACUUUCCCCAGAGCAGCCCGGGCUAAUUUCUUCCCUCUUUUUAAACCAAACUUGAUGCGUUCUUGAGACAAAGUGGCAAAGCAAGGUUGCAGGAGAUGCUCAUUAGCGAAGUUGAUUCGAUUUGGCAACAAGCGCGCACAAGCAUGCAGCUGUAAUUGUGGUAAAUAUAAGACAUCAUCCCAUGGAGCGUCUUCCUUAUUUCUGCUAUUUAAUGUUUAUGAGUUUGCUCAAAUUAGGGUCAGGUCAUGGAUGACUUGUUUCAGACCAGAAAACAUAUCAGAUAUUUAUGCAAAAACUUGAAAACUAAUAUAUGAGCUGCUUUCUGUAAUCAUGUCGUAGAGUACGUAGAGGAAAGGGAAGAAAACGUUGGUUUUUUUCUGCUAUUAAAUCACUUUUACUCACACACACUCCAAGUUCACUCAGUUCAUCACGUUCAACGCUGAAUCAAGCAGAUUUUUUCCAAAGUAAACCAAUUUCCUGGCUCAUGAUAAUGCCAUUACUGCGUGAUGUAGCUCACACAUGAUGUUUUUCAGUGCGGUUGAAAAAGGGAAAUCCAUAACUCCUAACUUCCCCCUCUUUUUUUACGGGCAAGUUUGAGAGCCUCCUUAGUUACAUCGAAGUGCUGCCAAAUUUACAUUAAGAUACAGGGUUCCUACGCAAGUAUGGAAAAGUAUGGGAAUAAACGUGAUCAAUUUCCAGGUCUUAAAAAGUAUGGAAAAUAUUCAUGUCUCCAGACUGUGACCACAGUUCUAAAAUACUGUUUUCUAAAAUAGAAAAGUAGGUAUUUCCAAAAAUAAUUCUAGAAAGUUGGGUAUGGAAAAGUGAAGAAAAUAUAGGUUUACAAUCAUCCUAUGAGCAUUGUAUGACUUUGGUUAACAGUGCAUGUAGGUCGGGGUCUUUGUAGCCCAGGUUUUAUGAAAGAUGGACUGCCAGAUUGUGCACAUGCAUGUCCAAGUAUUAAACACUUUGAGUAGCUUGAACAAAAUCAUGUGCUUACAGGUUUUUAUAUAUAUUUUUUUCAUUUUGCGUAUCUUGAGAUCCUGAAUUACUUGCAGCAAAUUCAAUAUUUUUGUUGUCUGGUACAAACGGAUUCAUUCCGAGUCCCCUCCUGCACAACAAUGAAGGCCUUUAUAUCCUCUUAAAAUUGAAUUGAAAUAAUGAGCCGGCUUAAAGGGAAACACUACUGUUGAGUCUGUUUACUUGUAAUGAAUAACUGUGUCUUGCCAGGCCUGAUUUGAAGAUAAUGGGCAUUUGAUUAUGUUUUGGUAAUGGCUGUUAUGUGGCACAGCUUUUUGGCCGUUAGAACAGAUUAGCCUGAGCCCUGAGCGUGGCUGCCAGCUGUAAAUAUUGGCUUUGUUUCAACAAGAAAUCGGGGACUUCCCAUUUAGGGAGCGCUUCAACCUUCAAAUAUGUGUGUAAGCUCAUAUAUAUGUUGCACAAAAGUUAUACAGAAUAUAUCAUGUAAGAAUUUAUCAACAACUUUGUGUUUGUUGGUUUUAAUUUGAGUUCUUGUGGGGCGUUUUAUUUCUCAUGAAGCGUUCAAAGGAAGCAAGAGGGAGGGGUAGAUGGGGAAUGACAUGCAACAGUGGUUGCCAAACUGGGACUGUAGAUGUUUAGGUUCAUUGCCAGCUCUAAAAAUCCCCUAAGCUUUCAAGGGUGCUGCUAAUCUUGCAUAUCUAAUGAUCUCCUUUUUAUUCAAAUUCAGGAAAAAAAAGAACUUUCUGAGUCAUUUCAGUGCACGUCGAUUAUUUCACUGUAGAAUAAAUGAUGGGAAAAAGGAGUUUCCUUCUAGUUUUAUUUGUACGGGAACAUCAGGAUACACCACAUCUGUUACUGUGGGACUGUUUGUAAGACUCUGGCCGCCUAUUUUGGGGACACAUUUAAGAGUUUCAGAUGAUGUGGGGAAAAAACAGCUUCAGUCACAUUCACUAAUCCCAUUUAAACUGCACUCAGCUGUUACAUUUUUUUUUAAUUUCCUGUGAUCAAAACUGUGAUAAAAAACAUCUUGACUGUUGUACUGAAGAUAUUUGAAUUAUGCAAAAAUGAAAGACAACAUUUGAUUCUACUCUAAAAUAUAAUAUAUUCUAUUUAAGGAUUCAUUCCUGGAGUUGGUCCUGUGCUGAUUUUGAGGCCGCUGCUUGCUCGCAGUUUUUCAUCCCUUCUUUCCAAAAACUCUUGGUGUUGUUCAAACUGACGGUUCUUCAGAUGCUCGAUCAACUUACAUCGCAUAAAGUUUCUGACACUUCAAAUACGAACAUGUUGGAGCUUGUUCUAAGCUCAGGCAUAAGCUGUUCUCACAAUUGAUCCACUUAUUGGCUGUAUCAGCAGAUUUAAAAAUAUCUGCUAAUACCUAAAAUGAACUCCUUUAGCUCUUAUUGGCUUGUAUUGAUAAUAUCAUGUAUCUCUAUUUUAUGCAGGUUCUUAACAGCCUUAAAAAGCCCCGAUGUAGGGUCUGCAGAGUUGUCUAUAGUCCUGUUUUUGUCAUCCACUGCAGCCUUUCUUUGUCCUCUUUAAGAAGGAGUGUCUCUUGCAGACCAACCAACAAGCCCUUAGAGAUAAACCAGCAUAUAUUUCCCAGUUGGUUAGUAUUUUACACUCGCUGUAUGAAGAGUGAUCUUAAUUAUCCCCCCCUGCUCAAAAUGAGACACCCAGGGGGGCCGUCGUCCUCCUCCUCAGCAACCGCGGCAGCUUACGCCAGUGUUUGGGUUUGCACGAUGUGUUGCAUCUUUAAUUCGCUCCCAGAAGGAGGCGGACAGCUUGCAGCAGACGCCUCAGCCUCUGAUUGGGUUUGUCACUUCUGCACACUUGUAGCUUGUGUGUCUCAUGUAGCCCGCGGCUGUAGGGAGACCGGCUGAUGGUUUAACACAGGCUGUCACUAUUAGAGUAUUGCUGUGAAUCACAUUUGAGCCAGGUCAGGUGAGGACCUGCCGUCAGACCUUUCUCGAUAUGGAUGUUCCAAAUUUAGUCUUGGCUCACAUCACAGAUGCCAGUCCACCAAUCACAAGACAGACUCGGAGAUUUGUCAGGGUCAGUAUGUGUGUAAUGGCAACACAGACACAGUAUAAAUCACACAGGGACAUAACCUCUUUGUGUGUUAAAGUGUGUGUGUGCAGACAGACUGGACAGCCAUUGUUUUGUCUUGCAGCUAGGAAACAGAAGAGUAACACUGUGCUGUAAUCGUGGAUAUAAGCACAUCGGUCAUUCAGCCAGGUCAUAUCGGAAGGAAAAAGUGAGGUCAGCGGUCACUGCAGGGGGGGAGUUGGAUUGGACGGAGUGUUUUCCGCCUCACCAUUGACCCUCAGCUCUCCUCUCUGCCGCUUCCUCACGCAAUGCUCGGUGCUGGCGCCACUACCCUUUUCCGACCCCGACAGUGGCGAUCGUAGAAGAUCACGGAGGGUUUUUCUCGAUUGUUUCCCGUCUUUGUUGCUCUGCUUCCGCCCUAAGGUUAUGAAUGGACACGGGGGGGUUAGGAUACAGCCUCAGUAGCCGUAGACACUUUUAUGAGACCAAAAUACUGAUGCAUGACCCCUGGAGGUCAGCGAGGCAGGAAAGAGGACAAACAUAGCUGGGAGUAAAACUGUCUGUAGGGAGAAAGGCGGAUAUUGUUACUGAGCGUUAUUAUUUUGAGAUGGAAGUGACCCCUGCUGAGACAGAAAACUUUAUUACACCGUCUUAAUAUUGAUUUUAUUUUGGCACUUUUAUCCCUGAAAACUAUGACUGUACCUGUCAGCGGUUUGAGGACAGCUCUGUGAUGUCUUGAUGUCAGGUUGAAGGCUGGUGUAAGUCAAUUUUCGAAGCUCGAUGGGGCUCAUGUGUUUAUCGCCUCACAAACAUGAAGUGUAUCUGAAAGCCAAGCCAGACCCUCUUCCUCCUCCUAUCACAUGAAUCAUUGCUUCUAUUUUUGUCACAGCCGCCAUCCGUUCUGCGUCCUCUAUACAAUAUUAAACCUUUAAGCUUAAACCUGUAGCCGCGACAUGUGAUUAAUGUGUUCAGACAAAGACUAAACUGCAUUUACUCCAGAGCAGAAGUGACAGAAAAUCACAUCCUCUCAGGGCGAUAGCAGUAAUGUCAACAUCCGUGAAUCACCAGCUUAUACCGACGUUCUUAUGAACAAGCGUAAAAAUACAUUUUCCACAUUAACACCUGAAUAUAGACUGCUGUGGAUUUAUCGCAAGUCAGACUGUUAGAGCGAAUGCCGAUCGAAAUUAACAUUUACUGGGAAUGCACGUAAGGGCAGCAAGUGUACAAAGUAAAGGCCAGAGGUUUUCUUAAAUGCUCAUGGAUCACCUGUUUGUUCAUAACAGAAAAAACUCGACAGCCCAGAGACUGUGUUUGACGUCUGCUUCUUUAUCUAAACAGUUUCACGUCCAACAAAAAUACAUCAGUUUUCUGACCAAGAUUUUUCAUCCUCCUCCUCCUUUACUCCAAACAGUUGUGGUAUCAGACCCAAACUUUGCAACAAGUCCUUAAAAAAAAAUAAAAAAAAUAGUGAUCCAUGUCAACAAAAUUGGAAAAACAGUGGCUUGUUGGCUCACUAAACACAAUGACUUUUGGGUACAUUAUGAUGUGUUCAAGGUCCGUUUGGUCAAAUGACUGAAAGGCAAAAAAUAAAUAAAUGUAUUUGUUCAAAUGUCACAACAAGAAAAAGUUUUAAAAGGAUAUAAAACAUAAAAUUUCAAUCUAAACUUCCCUACAUAUGAGCCAAAAAUAUAUCAUUAAAACAACUGAUACAAAGUUUUAUCAAAGAUACAUCAGUUAAAAAAGCUACUUUCAUGCUAAUAAUAACUGAAAACUUGGAAAAUGUCCCUUUAAGGAAUAUGCAAUUAACUUUAAUUAAUAAACAUAAUUGUUAAAAGUCUUAUUUUAUUUUCUAUCUUGGGUUAAAAUCUGUGCAAUCACUGAAAUAAAAUCACAAACAUGGCAGUUUCUUAUUAAAAACAGAUGAGACUAAAAGUAUGCUCAUAAAGAAGGAAUUUCCACUUCCCGAGAGUUGUUUUUUUUUCACCCCAUCCAAAAACUUAAUGGGCUCUUCCUCGAUUCCUGCCACAUCUUUUUCCUCCAAGUUUCAUAAAAAUGUAGUGUGUUUUUUGUUUUUUUCUGAAAUCAAACUAAAAACAGACGAACUGAAAGACAAUGGGGCUAAAAAAAAAAGAGAGGCCUCUUUAUCAAAGCUGGUAAAAGUUAAAGCAAAGACGUGCAAAAGCAAAUCAGAGCCAGGAAGCAUUGUUAUAAAGAGUCUGAAAUUAAAUUUGAAAAAUAUAUCCUCAAAGUAAAUAAAGCUGUUGGGCUGUUGAGUUUUUCUUCGUUUGAUGUGGCAAACCCCAGCUGUGUUUCUGCAGCUAUUCGUGGGAUUUCGCGGGUUACAGUGGACGAGACAAUGAAUGCAAUCCAGUGAAUUCCUCUUUCUGAACCGUAUAACCGAAUUGGCAAACUUAUUCUUUCAGUAAAACUUCUUGCCUGUCUGACCUUCUUUCAAAACUUUGGUUUGUAAUCAGUCAUAAAAAUAAAAAAAGCAAGGAUUGUACAAGAACAGACAGAUGUAUAAAAGUCCUCAAAAUCCACCCCUCCUCCUCCUCCUCCUCUUUUUCCCCUGCCUCAAGGGUCUACUCUUUUCAUGGCUCAGUAUGCACAGAGCUAUUCUACUAUCCUAAACACACACACACACACACACACCAUGAGUCUUUUCCUUUGAGCUGACUUAACUGCUCUGGCACUCAGGCUUGUGAAGCUGCACCCUGUGAACCCUCGCCGGCGUUCAGCUACUGGAGCCUUUCCCAUGGAAUCCCAGACAUUUCAGGCAUCUGUUAAAGCCGAGGUCGACAGGCGUUUUCUUCACCGCUGUACACGCUCACACUCACCACAGCCGUCCGAUUUACAGCGUCACACUGAUGUUUUACUCCUGGGUUUAUCAGAUCUGCAGGAAAAAAGGUUUCUCUUUAUCUCCUCUCAAACUAUACAUGCAACCCUAAUCCAGAUCUUUAAGGACAGUUUGAGCUUUAUCCAAAACGCAUGUCUGAUUCACCACAUUUGCAAAAUCUGUAUAAAAUAGUUGUUUUUGAACCUUAUUUUCUGAACCAAGGCUUUGAAACUUUCCUCUAUUUGCUCUCAAGGCUGCAAAUGAAUAAAGAAAUGGAAAAACAUCAUUGAACGGCGCUUUCAAAAUGCAUCACCCUGAUGGGGAGUUUGAUUAAAGGGCUCAAGGUGAUUCAUGGAGAUUGAUUCUUGGCCUUUAAUGAAGUGAAGGUUUUGAGUGAGUCAGUGAUUUUUCGCAGGCCAAGGAAAGCUCGAUAGAAAUAUUGUUUGUGGGAAUGUCAAUACGGAAUAAGGCGGUGGAACCUACCUUUGAAAAAUACAUGUUUUUGUAUGGAUUGGUUAAAAAAUACUUCUCUCAAUUGGAAAGGCUUUGCCAACUGAAUGAUAGAAAGUGGUCAAAAAAAUAGUUGGAGAUCAAGGUGACGUCCUUGGAUUAUAAGUUUUAUUUGACUGACUUUGCAAAAAAGAAAUAAAAAAUCAGCUAACUCUGAUAUAAGAUAGAUAAUCCUCAAAAUACAGACUGAUGUAUUGAUCGGUUAUCAGAAUAAGCCCCAGAAUAACGUUGUGUUUGUGGCUCAUCCGCAGAUAAUCCUUGGGCUGCUGUUUCUACCGUUGGAAACAAAAAAUACAAGCACUCGUAAAGACAAAACAGCCAUUGUUAUCAGGGACAUUAUAGCCUCCUUCACCCAAAAAGCACCAGCCGUUCUUUAGUUUAUGUACACACGUAAAUCAUCAUUAGUUAAGCUAAGGCUGUAAAAAGACAGCAGAACUAGCCCCUCCGGCACACUAAACCUUCAGCUAAAUUGAAGAAACACAAAAGUUUGAUUGUGCUUCGGUGCUCUUUUUUCUGCACCUAUUGCAGUUUUUACUUCACCCUGUGGCCUUUGCACCGUGUAUGAGAUAAACUGCAUCAGCUUUAUCAAAGACAGAGUGUUUUGCGGUGCAGCGUUAAUGACAUAAGUAUGACAUUAAUUCUCCUGAUGUCAUAACAGGUAGUCAAAGUCAAACACAGAUGUAGUGAUUAUUUCAAGACCGACACAGACGCCUGGAAGGAAAUGAAGAUUCAAGGCCGUGGCGUGCGUCAUUUGCCUGUCAAGCAGGCAGCGUAAUUUGCCCAUCAAUGUGUGCGCGGUGUUUAUCAUUUCUAUUCCAGUCAGGGACAAACUGGAUAUCCUGCUUUCUGAUGACCGGGGUGGCGGCAGGGCGGUGUUAAAAACAAAAAGUGCUUUUCCAUGUUGUUUGUGUGUUUUUGUUCUAUUAACGGAGGUUGAGGCCGGUUAAUGAAAUUGUUUACGGUUCCUGUUGAUACCAGAGUCGUCUCAAAGCGGCCCUGAUGCUGCUGCUGCUGCUGAGUCAGAGCAGCUGUCACGUGGUUACAGAGAAAAAAAGAGACAAACCAAGGUCUUCAGCUUUUGCUGUUUGUUUUUUUCAUACUCUGAAAAGAAUUGAGGGGUCUCUGUUUGACGUAUUUUAUUUCACUUCAUCUAUUUCUCAUGUUUUGAUAAGAGAUUAAAUCUUCAAAAAUCAGAAUGACGAUUAUCUGUUCUCAUUUAUAUCUACUUCCCAUUGAAGACGAAACAUUAUGAACCUUCAUAUUUUUCCCUUACUUCUAUGACUAAUUUAUUUCUGAUGCUUUAUAAAACCAAUUAAAAUCAAACAAAGAGAGGCACAGCUUAGAGGAAGUGAAUCUCAGUUGUGUUUCUGGCUGCACCAAACACCUAUAUUCAUAAUAAAAUCACCUGUUUGUCAAGUUUCUGAUAUUUGGAUGAGUUUUGGCGAAUGAGACGUGUAUAAAUUAAAUUAUCCCCAACUUAAACGAGCCUCCUAAGUCAUCAAGCCUUUGCAUGUUGUCAUUUAAAGGCAGGUUAUCUGCCUUGUUUGCAAGACAGUGACAAUAAGAAACACCUGAGCUUAGAGGUGGGCGAUAAACCAAAAAUUUACAGAUAUCGAAAUUUACGACAACAACCGACGUCAUUUUGCCCAUAUCGGUUUAUUCAGUGUCAAAUAAAUAAAUAAAUAAAAGUUGGUUUUGGAUGUGUGUAGGUAGGCUAUGGUCUCAUGUCCCUUUUAAGAUGCUUUGCCGUAUCGGAGACGUGACUCCACCCCAUCCAGUCCGUAACAAAGAGGGACAGACAGGUAAAGAGAUGGAGGACGGUUCAAAAGUUGGAGCGGCUGAAGUAGAAGAAGUUCAUGUGGGAGGGGGUGAGCAGUUUGUUGAGUAGUUAUCGUCCAUUUAUCGUUAUCGAGAUGAACUGCUUAAUACAUCGUUAAAUUGAUUUGAGGCCAUAUCGCCCAGUCCUACCUGAGCUGGAAGGUCGGUACAGCGCCAUGUCUGUGUAUCUGGAGUUUCUGCUGUGUGUGCCUCUCCAGUUUCUACAAUACCUUAAUGCAUUUGAAAUCACAAACUAAGACACCAAUAUUGCACCAUUGGCGAGUUCACUAAGUAAGUACAACGCCCCAGUGAUGUUUUCAGAACUUCUGAUAGUCGCUGUUGUGCUUUUGUCAAUAAGAUUUGAAAGCCCUCUGAAACACCACACUGCUUUAUUCCAUCAUCAAAACACAAUUUGUUCACUUUCCCUGAUAAAUAUUUGAGGAUAAGUCAUUGCCUUCAACUUAAAUAAACUCCACCGUGCGUUAUCAGCCUGGAGUGUCCUCAGUAAACAAAGCCCGGGGAUGUAAUGAUAGCUCAAGGCGAUACAAAAGGAUUAAUUAGUUUUAUCCUAAAUGUCACGGGGCGUUGUCAGUGAUUCGUUUCACUGAUAGUUUACACUGUAAGGUUUCCCAGUGUUCUGUCAAUAUCCUCCUCUCCUCUUUCUCAAAUGUCACUCACUCAGUGCAUAAAUUCUUGUUGAUUUGAUGCGCCCCCCUACUUAUCCAUCUUUGUACUACUAUUUCAUCUCUAGUGAAGGCACAGAGGGAGCUGCAGUCAACAGAGAAAUGUUUGGAAAUAGAAAUUGGGAGUACACGUCUGUGACAUCUGUACCUCACUAGUGGAGAGGAAACCCAGCAGCUCUGUAUAAAUAACAGACAGCAGUGCACAUCAGGACAGAAGCAACAUUCAUCAGCCCUGAAGGCUGGUUAAGACAAAUCAGACUUUUAAUUUGCUAAGACUCUAUUACAGUAAUCAAAGCAUUAACGCUGGUGUACACUGAUGUUUAUUAUAUUCACAUUGGACAGAAAUGAGGAAAAGGGGCUCAGAUGUCUGCUUUUAAUUUGCAGCCAUCUUGAAAUCUGUCUUUUUCUGGCGUUAUGAAGUUAGGCCAUUGUGUUCGCAGUGACCCCGUGGGUCAGAGCUGACAGAUCACAAAAAGCUUCUCCAAAGGAUUUCUGUCACACCAGAUGAUAAAAACAGCCACAUAUACAAGACUUUUGAAGGAAGGAUAAACAAACUGUCAGCCUGUCUCGGCCUUCUCCUCUAUACCACGCAAUUACUGUAAGAUCAGCGUGCCGUUACCAUGCAUAUCAAGAAACUUCAGUGAACUUCACCGAGCACCUUUGAACUGUAUCUUUAAAGCUUAUCACAGAUAAAAGUAGCAUCAGUAUGCUCUCCAUAACAAACAGGAAUCAGAGCCAGAACUUCUGAUGGUUUACUGAGUUCAUAAACCGAGUUGUUACUGCUGUAAAUGAAGCGCAGGCUCAGAUUCACAGUUAGAUGAACUUUUACCAGCUUGUUUGAAACAAACCCUGAUGGUGUGGCCAAUAGGAACAAAUCAAUUAGUCAAUUGGGGAUUGUUUAUGAACCAUAGUAAAAAAAAAGCUGCUCUUCAGUGGUGACUUUUUAAGUGUUGUCUUUGGGGUGUCACAUUGGUUGUUGGACUGUAAGUUGAUGAAACAAUUACUCAAGCAGCUGGGACUUCAUUUCGAGCUUUUUUUCCCCUUUCUUUAACUUGAUGAGUCAGACCUCACAGAUGACCUUCAUUUUGAGAGAUUGGAUCUGGACACUCUAAAUUGAUACUGAUCUUCUCUGUGAGAUUGGAAAGCUCCCAGAAACACACAAAUUUAUAGGGCGGUAAAGUCCUAGUCAACCGGUCUACUUAUUGGUCGAUAUGUGCUGAGUCGACCAAAAUUCUGAUUGGACAACCCAAUUUUUUUCCGCAUCAAUUUACAAUCUAUGCUAACUUCUCAGGAGGAACGUACCAAGUGCUAAUGGGGGUGAUUUCAGAGCACCCCUGUUUCACAGAUAACAGCCUGUCUCAGAACACCCCCCAUGUUUUCACCAUUUUGGAUUCGUCUAACCCACUGGAGACCAGCUGGAGACAGGAAGAUUAAAGAGCGUCCACGUUCAGUCGGGUGGUUUGCUGAAUAUUUAUAUUUUAGCCUUUUGUGUUUAAUUGCCUUCUUGUGCUGAUACCAGUAUAUUUUCGACCUGCCAAGCCACGUUCCACCGAGCCGCAUCGUUCCCCACCGCAGAAGGGUUUGCUGUCAGAGUUAGCAAAAUCCCCAAUUAGUCGAUUUUUGGUAAAAAAAAUUUCAGGGUUUUAGUCGACAAAGAAUUUCUAGGUUUGAUUACAGCCCUACAGAUUUAAUUGCAAGAAAGCUGCCGGUCUCACUGAGUGAGUGGAUUUUACCACUCAGUGAGACCGAGUGGAGAGCACAGCAGUUGAGAAAUUGUAAGUCAAAGUUUGAUGUUUUGAGUUUUGUGGUCUAAUCUACACUGUGAUUACUUCCUUGGUUGUCGUUUGACUACCUCUCAUGAUGCAUCACAUCAUUGUUUUGUUUAACAGUUAAUCCAAAAUUAAAAUACGUAAUAGUUUCACCACUAUAAGUUAUCUAUUUUCUUCUUCUUUCCUUUUAGUGUUUUUUGGCGAGUUUGCAUGACCUCAUUCUCUCAAAAUACCUAGUGAGCUGUCGUGGACUAAGUGCCUUGUGGUUCAUUUCAAGCCAUUUCGAGCCCAUAUCAGUCCACUUACUUCAGCUUUUGUGGGUCAUUCACUACCCAAAUGACUCUUUGUUUUCAACAGUCAGAAGUGUUGGAAACAAAACGACUACCAUUUUUAGAAACACUUUAUCGUCGUUGGGUUGUUCGGUUAUGGACCUUCAGUAAAAACUUGCUUUCAUAAGAAACUAAACACUGCCUUCGUCAUGGACCUGGAAUUUUAAUUACCAACCAGCACACCGCCGCAUUCCUGUUCUUUUCAAAAGGCCUGAAUAAGCUGCUGUUUCGUCACUGCCAAAAAAGGAACUUGGAAAAUCUCACCACAGAAUGAUCUUAGCGACGAUUGUGGUUAAUGACGGGUACAGAGGCUCUUAAUUUUAGGCAAAAAUCCGAGAGCUGAGGGUGCAUAGUGAGGUGUUUAGUGUGCAUUUGGAUGCUGGUAGAAGUAAAGAUAGAAACUCUUUAUAGACUUUGUUUGCAUCGGUGUCAGACUGCAGACAAGGAACCUUUAUAAACUGUAUGAGUCAUUUCUUGCUAGCUAUGUGGAUUCUUUCUGCCUUUCCGGCACCCCACGCGGCUGAAACUCACUCUUGGCUUGCAAGCUGUGCAGAUCUGUUUCUUCACCUCCCAUUUCGAAGUUGGCAUCACCCUGACAUUGUUGGGGCUGCGUCGGUUUGUGGAUGAUUUCAGGGAUUGAGCAUCUCAUUGUGUGUCUUCACCACUCCCAUACCCCCGAUCCAAGCGAAAACCCUUCCGAUGAGAUAAGGAGCCAGGCAUUUCUGCAGCAUUACUCCCUGGCCUUCAUAUGAUCCUGCUGCACUGUGCGCAAACUGCACUGACAAGAGAUCAGACAGGCUCUGUCCGGUGUGCCAGAGAAACCAGAGUAAGAAGGAUAAGGAGUUCAAGAGACUGGAGCCGAUACAAGCCUACUGCCAGUAAGACUUAAAAUAAAGAAAAACAGUCGCAAACAGGCCUAAGUCCAAGUGCCGACCCAGCGCUUGCCUCCUAAAAUACCCCAUUGAUUUAUUGUUGUCAAGUGAUUUACUCAGUCCAAAUGGGAGAUAAAUAGCGGAGAUGCUGACAAGACUGAACUCAAGCUGAGUGUAACUAAUUGACACAGACUAAACUGAGAAAAAGGCCGCUGCUCCUCUUGAACAGUGCUAGCAGCGGGGUUUACAAUGACAAUAAAGGAACUCGCUCUGUAUUAAGAGAUUUGCAUGUUUUAGGGGAAGAAUGACAAACUGGUCCAAACAGUCUCCUCAGCGUCGCCCUCGCUCCGGGAGAUCAAAGCCGGCUUGGGGUGGCCCCACUCUCUGAAGGUCCUCAGGGUCUCGACCUUAAAACCAUUUUUGACAAGCACACAAGAAACAAGUUUAUCUCUCCAGUGUGUGGUCACUCUCAGUUGAUUAUCAGAAAAGCCUCUGUGACGCCUGACAGUGAACAACACCGCUGAUUUAGGUAGUUGAGAACAACUUGGCACGCACGGCAGAGUCAGCUGCUGUAAAGUGAAGUGUAAAAAUCUUCCGGACAGUGAGUGGUUUGUUUCGGUGCUUCAUGAGAGCAGCCGCCCGCUUGUUUUUUUUUCUCAGGUGGCUCAGCAAGUCUGACGCUCGACAUCAGCCACCGAAACUGACUGAUCUAUGUCAACCUUUGUUUUUUUUUUCCCUUCCCCUAGAAGUCUGUCCUUACUGAUCUACUUCAGAGGUGUAACAUUUAGGUUGAACGUUCAAUGCAAGUAGUUGACAAUUAAAAUGAUCUCUCCUUUUUUAAGUUGAACGAAGUGCGAUAGAACAAUAGAAAACUCUUGAAAAGACUAAAUUGGUGAUUGAACAAGUUGUGUGCUUAUUUUAACAUGAGAUCCAGAGUUGUUCAAACAGCAGCUCCCAAUUAAUGUCUUAAACCUACAUUAGUAACGACACAACUUUUUUGACUUCCAAUACGAUAGUAAUAUUGUAGCCUUCAAUAUUCCCCGAUACCGAUAUUGAUCCAAUAUCAGCGCAAAAUUGUGUUUGACGUUCUUUUUUGGACUUCAACAAAAAAUACUGCCACACAGCCGACAUCACCCCUACUCCACGCUACGUUGUUAGCACGCUAGUACACACUGUUGUUGCGAUUUUGUUGGUUCAGCUUGUUGGAUCAUGGCGCUGCUAGAUAGAGGUGCCGGAGCGGAGUCUGGAAUGGAGUUCUUAUAUCGAAAAUUUUAGAUGCAGGCCGAUAUAAUCCGAUAUAUAUUUUUUUUUUUGCUGAUAUCGGACCAAUAUCUGAUAUCAAUAUUGUAUCAGGACACCCCUAUUAUUAACACAUCCAGUCCAGGUAUUUCUUUAUCUUUUUGACCAAUAAGGCAAAAAAAAAAUAUAUAUAUAUAUAUAUAUAUAUAUAUAGUUAAGUAAAUAUAAAACAGUGGAUUAAGUAGGAAACAAAGCUUGACAUAUGAACAGGAACAAAUUGAGGUGAAAAGUUCAUUAGAAACUCUCACCUGGUUUUGUCUGGCUUGGUUUGAAGAGGAAAGAGGACACCGGAAUGAAGAGUUCAGUCUUUAUGAGAUAAUUCCAGCUGAAAGUGGAAUUGUUGCAGCUUUUUAUUCCAGCAAGAGAAUGCCAAGUUCUAUUGAUCCUGCUCUUUUUGGACCAAUCAGUGAUUGAUGACGUUAAGAAUUGAAUAAAAGAUGAGGUCAGUUUGGUGUAUAAUUAACCCAGCGGUGUUUGCCAAUGUUGUGUGAAUAUUGGACUCUCUCCAAAGUUAACAGUGCUUCAGAAGUCUAUUAUAUUUUAUUCAAUGAUAGGAAAAAGAGAAUAAAAGAAAUUGUCCAAGCGGUAUAUUGGAUUUUUUCCAUGCUAAUAAAUCUAUAAAAUUUCAACUUUACAACCUUUUACCAGGAAAUCAGAUGGAGCCUUUUUUCCAGGACGGCCUGGCCAAGAUCAGGGGGUCGAAAGCGUCGUCCAACACACACCAGGAGUACAAUUAAACCAUCACAGUGUGGUCAAAUAAAAUAUAUAAAAUAUAAUACAGUGCAUUAACACAGCUUUAAUGUUUUUUUUUGUAUUUAAACGUAUAAUAAUGUCAUUGUUCGGAGUCAUUCAUGUAUUUAUUUUAGGUUCAGUGUGUAAAAACAGGUCUUUACAGCUUCCAUACAUUCAGUAUAUAAAAGGCUGCCUUUACGCUGAAAUGGUUUACCAGUUAAGAUAAGACAAUAUUUAUACCAAAAUCAUCUGAAACUAUCCUCAGCUGUUUAUAAAAGUGUGAACUCUGAAGUCUGUGAGCAGGCGCUCUCUUUGAAAAAAAAAAAAAGGUGGUGUCAGUGUUGUCUGAUAUCUGGAUCUGAUUGGAAACUCUGAGCUGUUCUUGUGCUGUUGAAGUCUGUAAAAGCUCCUAAUGAGUUGUGGACAAGAUGAGACAUGAUGCAUCACCCGAGGCCUUGAGCAUUUCAACAACCUCAGUAACAUCACAUGAUUGUCUCAGUAUGAAUUUCAACCCUUUUUAUUACUGAAUGCACCCGGUUUCUCUGAAGCAGAAUCUGCCGGGGCAAAUCUGCAAACCAAACCUUAAUAUGCAUUACGUCUAAAACACUUAAGGCACUCAUUGAGAACAACUUGUGAUCCACAGCUGAUUUGUGGUUGUGAGGAAACAGAAAAAGUGGAGCAUUGCACCUUUUUUUUCCCGCUACAGCCUGUUACUAUGUGGCUCUCUGGUCGAUUUGUUGAGUACCACCCAUCGCUGCUGCUGUCUGACUGGCUGAGAGGGAGGAGAGCGGAACACGAAGGGUUAAACUGUGCGCCUGUCUUCCUUGGAGAUGGGAGAGGCCAUUUGAAUGGCUAGCUUUUGAAGCUAGCUAAUACAUUGGCUAAGGCUGAGGGUGGAUCAGCUGCUGGGACUGUGCACCGACAUGGAGCCGUGUCGCAGGAUCAGGAGUCUGUGUGAGCAGACAGCAGUGCUUUUCUGCACGCUCAUAUUGGGGAGGGUGCGUGCGUACGUGCAUUUUAGGAAAAGCUGAAGAGCAGCUUUUGUAAAUAGAAGGAAAGAGACCUGUCAAGAAGAGAUUUAGUUUUUCCUUUCUUUUUUCAUUCUCUUCAUCAAUCCCACCACUGACCACUACACUGACGUAGGUAAAGGUGGUUAUAUCAUUUGUUUUUCCAGCACCAACUCCCCCUUUCGCACCCUCCCACCCCCCUGGCUGUGCCUUUCUCAUGUUGCUGCCGCUUGCAGAACACACAAUCUUCAUGCGCUUCAAGAGCUUACCUCUAUGAAUGCAAGAGGACAGGGGUCCGUGUUGUUUUGUUCGUUUAAGGGUCGACCUCGUGCUGCUAACGAAGCCGAGCAGUUUUGACUAUGGCGUGCUCAACAAUAGGAUAGUUAACAAAGAGAUCUCCCGUAGAGAAUAAUGAUAAUGAUAGAGUCGUAUGAAGUAAACACACAGUUUCCUGUCAUCGUCGUCUUCUAAAUUUGUGUUCAGACACAUAAAACACCCACAUAUACUCACAACUUUACGGUCGAACAUGUACCCUGCCCCUAACCUCUGUGACUCAUUAUAUCCCCUGCUGUUGACCGCUCCUAAUCUGGCUCUCAUGGAUGAGAGGCUAAUCUCAGCAGGCAGGUCAGUCAGCUGUAUUUACCACGGAGACGCCUCCAUACAUCCUCACACACUUCUCCUCCUCAUACUUAUGCUGACACAACAGCACACUCGUAAACUCUGGUACACUUACUUAAACAAACACACACACACACUCUUGCCAGUCCUGCUAGUCUAAUGUUAUGUAACAGCAUGGUUAACAAGCACACACACACACAGACACACACACACACGCAUAUGUGUGCGUAAACAGCUGACCUACAGACUGGAAUCUCUGUCCUCAGCUGUUUGUUUUUACACCCCAGAAACUUGACUGAAGUUGAGUGUGUGUUUGUUUUCUGGCUGUCAGACACUGUAUCUUUUACUGUAUCUCUGCUUGUGUUUUACACUUCUUUCUUAGAUAAGCUCCGGCUUGUUUUUACAGCGGACAUUACAGCCCAGGGAAAAGUAACACACAGAUCUGUAUCUGCAAAAAUAAGCAUCUUAUUCUCAGUAGUCAGGACCAGAAUCACUAUUUGGUUGAGCAAAUAUCUUAAUGUCGUAGGCCUGAAAUGCUGGUUGUGUAUUUUGUCACAGCUACUGCGCAGCCACACACCAUUACCUGGGAUUUAAACGCUCAACUACCUGGAUGUAACAAGCACAGACGAUCAAUGUCAGCUCGUAGAAAAUAGAGAUAAUAUUAAAGAACUGGGAGAGAAAUAAAUAAGCUCCUUUCCCCAUCACCAAUGAAAGCAUAAACAAAGCUAAACAUGACUGUAUUUUUUAUUUUAAAUCAAAUAUUUGCCUUGAAUUUAUUCUUUCUUCAUAAUUUCAGUUAGCUGAACAAAAAUCCCAAAGUCUCUUGUGGCAGUUCUUCUCUGAACUCACUCGAUUGCAGCUGUUUUGUUCCUCAUUAGUUAGCAGGUGUGUCCCUAUACUACUUUUUUUUUACUUCUGAUAUGAUACCGAUAUUGUAGCCUUCAAUAUUGACAGAUACAGACAUUGAUAUGAUAUUGGCACAAGAUGUGUUUGACAAGUUUUUCACUCAGCUGCAAUGUCUUUUUCGGACUUAAACAAAAAAUACUGCCAUAAAACCGACAUCAGUCUUACUCCUUGCUGCUUUGUUCGUACCUUAGUAAACACUGUUGUUUGCGAUUUUGUGGGCUCUGCAUGCUAGAUCAUGGCGCUGCUAGACAGAGGGCCAGAGCGGAGUCUGGAAUGGACUGCUUGUAUCGGAGUGCUGAUAUUGGAGAUUUUAGAUACAGGCUGAUAUAAUCUGAUGUUCCUUUUUUUUUUGCUGAUAUCGGACUGAUAUCCAAUAUCAAUACCGUAUUAGGACACCCCUACUUAUUAGUAACAAUAAGUCUAUGUAUCAUCUCAAAUGCAGACAGUAACAACAAUGAUGUGGCAUUUUAUAUCAGCUAUCAGCAAACCUGCUUUCCCAUUAUCGGCAUCGGCUACUUAAAAACAGAAAUUGAUAAUGAUUCAAAAACUGAUUGAACUUUCAGAGCAGAUCUGACUUUUCUGUCUGUUAUUUCUUCUAUCAGAGGUCAAAUAGUUUGAGUAACAUUAUACCAUCCAAACAAAGGAGGUGUGAUAUUUAAAAAAAACUACAUCAUCAUAUCUCUGUCUUAAGAUUUUGAGGUUUACAGCAGUCAGUGGUAACAGUCCCAGACAAAAUGGGCUUAAAGGAGGCGUGCGCUGUGCCAAAAACAGACUCAUUGUGAUGAGGUGCUGUGGUUUAAAGGAUCAGAAUUCACUGAUCCAGCAGGUCUUUUGGUUUUCACUGUUGUUUCCUACAUGUGGUCCCCGGAGAGGUGAGGUCAUUUGUUCAGCAAGGACUGAAGGGGAAACCAGCACAGACAUCUUGUAAAAUGAUGAAUGCUUGGAAUGCAAGUUUUUUUUCUCCCUCUUCCUCACUUUCACUGAACCUCAUAGAAAAGCGUCUGCCUUUUUUUCACAGUGUUGGACCUCCAGUGUUUUUAUUUAGAUUGUAAGACUGUAGAUGAUUGUCUGAGCUGCUGAAGAAGUAAAAAGGGAAGCUGAUUAAUAUCAUGUUAAUAAAUGUCUGAAUGGCAUGACUGUGCUCAAAGCGAGUCCUUCAUACUCUUUUCUUUUUGCUUCUCUAACUGGACUCUCUCUUUUCUGCAGUGUGUCCUGUUCAGUGUAAACACCGAGCCUGCACCAAGGAUGACCAGUGCUGCCAUGACCAGUGCCUGGGCAGCUGCACGAAGCCCCAUUCAGCCAGUCACUGCGUAGCCUGCCGUGGCCUCCAACACGAAGACACCUGCGUGGAGCGCUGCCCCGAAAACACCUUCACCUACAAAGGCUGGCGCUGCGUCUCCUUCGCCUUCUGCCAGGAACUCCACAACAGAUGCAAGCGGGAGAAAGAGCGCAGCAAGAGUCCCGACUGCCACGAGUACGUCAUCCACAACGGAGGAUGCAUCCCCGAGUGUCCCUCCGGCUACACCACUGUCAACUCCUCCACGUAAGUGAUGAUGGGCUCUUUGCACGUGAUGAAACAAUGUGUGAUCAGCAAAGCGGGGUUUGAUCCAGAGCUUUAAUACUGCGGCGAUUCCUCCUUCACAUGUGUGAUUUUCCUAAAACCUGUUCGAUUUAUAUUCAAUACUAGAAAUAAUGAAAUAGAAAUAAUGCCUUAAUUUAGAAAUGGGUUUUUUCAGCUAUGGAUUAUCAUAGGAAGGACUCAUUUAAUGAAGGAGCACUCAAAAUAGAGAAAGAGUGAUUGUUUCUGGGCUAUAGGAAGAGUGUUAAUGCUUAAGUGUUAUUACAGGCCAGUAUAUGUAGAUGUAGUGAUGCUAGAAUAGUACUAACAGAGAUUGCAGGCACAGAAUAUUAAGGUCUGCCAAAUUAAUGCAUGAAUUUUAAUGAACUACUUACAAAAUGAACCCAGAGUAAUCACGCUACAACUCCAGAUAAUACAACAAUAAUACACACUAAUAACACAACCAUUCACACGGCAUCUUUGUAAACAAGGCGGAAACGCAUUGCACCUCCUGAACUCGUCUAAUUUUAUUAAUGCAUGCACCAAAGAGAACAUCACAAUCCGCAAAUGUGAACGUGUUGAGUAUCUCACUUCUCUCUCUCUCUCUCUCUCUCUCUCUCUCUCUCUCGCUCUCUCUCUUUCAACCUCAUACCUUUCGCAUGGAUCUGCACACACUCACGCUCUGCAGUGUAACACACACACACACGGACAGUCCUCUGAUUCAUCCCUUCUGUCAAUACAUUUAGCGCAGUGCCACCUUUCCUGCUGAAACGAUUCCUCCGUUUUAGCUUCAAAUUUGCAUGUCAUUUGGGUACCACGUUCUGGUUGAUCAUUUCCUCUAAUCCUUACCUGCUGUGGAAACAGAAUCAUGAGGUAGAUUCACCAUUUAUUUUAUAAAAAAGUUAGGAAUCAAUGCAAAAUUUCGGAAACUUCGUGUUUAUUUGAAAACCACAGAGGGGCAAGAUGUAAAAAAAAAGAAAAAAAAGGUAAAAACUCCCAUUCAGCAUCGAUGCCUAAUACCAGAAUAUAGUGCAGGUGCAGGUGUGUGUGCGUGCGGGUUUCUAAAAGGGAAAAAGGCGAUCAGGCUGAGCUUAGAGUGUGAAUUAGGUAAAGAAUAAAGAUUAAUAUUUAAUUAAAAUAAUAGGAUUUUUCCCCAGAGCUGUAUUUUUGUCAGUAUCUGCAGAGCCAUCCACCUUCUGUCUGAUUUUCUUAAUUACGUCAGCCUCUGUUCAGGCGGUGCAGCUCCCGGCAAACAGCGCACUGAUCAGGACUAAAAAAACAAAGUUAACAGGUGACAUUGCUGACUUACGUGCUCCCUGUCUGCCUGUCUGUCUGUCUGUCUGUCUGCAGUAAUUGCUAAAGGGUGACUUGUGUGCUCGUUGAGAUGCCAAAGAGCUGUGACAGAUUGCCCGUUAUCGAACGACCUGAGAAUGAAAACAUGCAUAUUAAAGCGCUAUAGGUGUGAUGGAGCCAAGCAGAGAGGCCACGGCAGGAUGAGGAGCGGCUUCGACUUCAUUCAUAUAAAAUCAGGCAUCUAUAUACAGGGUUAGGGCGGAGCUGGUGGUGCGUGUCUGUGUAUGUUUGAGCUUUAGCUUAAAUCACAGUCACUGACUCACCGCCGCUGCUCUCAUUUUCCCACUUCUUUUGCUCAUUUAAGAUUCAAAGUCUAAUUUUGGAUGUAGUGUUUCUAAAGCUUUGACUUGUUUUAACUAUAUAUAUAUAAUAUGUUGAAUGAAUGAAAAAUGAAAGAUUUCUGUCUUUGGUUUAGCUUUCAUCUCUGUGUUUCUGGCACAGAGUGUCAGCUCAGGAACUGAAGGUCCUCCUGCUGAGCUCAUACAGCGCUCAGGAUAUGUGAGCACACACCUCUUUUUAGUGGUGUGCUACAUGAGACCGCAGACAGCUGGGUCAAAGUGGUUCAGCUCGGUAGGAAGGCUGGCACAUCUCUGCCUCUGUGUUUGACUCUGAGCCGAUCCGCUGCUUUCUUUCGUUUCUCACACGCUGUUCGAAAUUGACGGUUCUUCACCACCACUGCAUUGCAGUGGGCGUGUUAAAGGCAGGCAGUGAAGCGGUUCUUCUCUUGUAGAUGCAACUGUAAUUUACAACCUGUUGUUGUGUGUGAGUGUGUGUGUGGGUUUGCUUGUUGCUGCAUCAAAACAGACUUUCCUCCCUAUAAAGAAGAGUGUUGUGCUUGUACUGACCUGCCGCCAACCUCUGUCACCUCCUUCUUUCACACCUUCACUGACUGUGACACGGGUGUUGACUGGAGCUGGUGUGCCGGGAAGCUCACACACACACACAGCUCUGACGGCUCUGCUCAGGCAGAGGUUGGAGACGCAGCUGGAUCCACUGACACUUGUUGUCUUUUGUUACCGGAUAUCUGUGUAGCUGACUGUGAAAACACCAAAGUAGCCCAGAGAGAGGAACUUAGGACACUUUGUUAGUGUCCUGGGGUGAAGAGAGUCUGUCUGUCUCUCCUGACGACUGUGACUAGAAGGGAAACUGCUUUGCGUCAUGCUGGGUUUUUAACUCUUAAUUAUACAAAGAGGGUUAAUCAGUGUCACAUCAGGGGGGUUACAUCACUUAAAUUCACAUAACCUUUAGUGGGAGACUGAGCAAAACAGGCUCCACUGAUGCAGAUCAGGGUAAAGUGCACCUUUGCUGUUUUUACCAAGGCCGGCCCGUUCACUUUAAAGGUUUCUAUGUUUGUUGAAGGUGUAGACAAAUAAUUCUUAUAUUUAAUGGCCGGCCCUAAAAAUGCACCGAUUGGAAGUUUUGAUUUUACAAGCGGAGGAUCGUACUUAUCAUGAGUUUCAGGAGAUUCACAUCCUCAAAGGCCACUGUCACAUCUGUGGGAGGAGUAGGGCUGGGCGAUAUGGCCUGAAAUCAAUAUCACGAUAUAUUGAGCAGUUCACCUCAAUAAUGAUAAAUGGACGAUAACUACUCCACAAGCUGCUCACCCCCUCCCACAUUAACUUUGUCCUCCAUCUCCUCACCUGUCUUUCCCUCUUUGUUAUGAACUGGAAUGGGCGGAGUCACGUCUCUGGUGUAGAACAGCGUCUUAAAGGGUCAUGAGACCAUAGCCUAACUACACACAUUCAAACCUAUCUUUUAUCUGUUUAUUUAUUUAUUUUGACACCGAAUAUAUUGACACAGGCACAAUGACGUCGGUUAUUGACGUAUAUUUCGGUAUCGGUAAAUUUCCAGUUUAUCGCCCAGCCCUAGAGAGGAGUGAAAUAUUCCUAUUUAUACACACUGUACCAAUAAAAGGUCUUAUUAUUCAGUCAUAAUGUUACUGAAGGAGGACUCAAGUGAAUAAUAAUCACGAGAAAGUGAAAGCUGAUUAAAUUUAAAAUGGAUAAUUGUCAUAUUCAACAUAAAUAAUUUCGUUUCAUGUCUCUGUGUCUGAAUUUGACAGGCUUUUUCCAUAACUGUCAGUGUAAUUGCUUGAUGCCCAACAGCUCUCAGACUAAUACUUAAACAAAUUUAGGAGCCUGUCAGUAUGUUAAUUUGAUCACUUCUUGCCAGGUAUUUAGAUCAAUAAUCCCCCUAAUCUCCAUCUCUAAGCUCCCGUUCACCUGUGAUGAACCCCGCCGCUCGCCUGUCUCAGCUCUUUUCUUAACUCCGACUGCCUUUCUGUUCCCCCUCGUGGCCCGUCUCUUCUUUUUGGCAUCUCCCACCGCCGCUGGCUUUAAACUAAGCUGUGGAAAUGAAAGUGCUUUGAGGAUAAAUGAUGUGCUUCAUGGCGUUAUGAGUGUCUGGGCUGAAAGUGCAGAUGUGGCACUACGAAGGGGGGAAAAGGUCACAAUAGAUCAGGAGAGUUAUAAGCCUGAUGAAGAAAAAAAGCCUUAAAGCUGUCUGGAGGAGACCAACUCUUUCUUCAUAGUCUAGUUUUUGUCGUGUAGACACAUUUUUAAAAGUUGUGAAAUUCCUUCAUAAAUCUCUUUUCAAAAAACACAGAGACUUAAAUACCUCUGUGUUUAUCCCCUUUGUUUUCUGGUGACAGCCUCUUUAAUAUGUUCUCAUAAUAAACAUGCGCUUUAAAAUGAAGAAUUAACCUUUUCCACACUCGCGCCUGUGAAUCACAUGACCACUCAUGAACACAGGGCAUGUGUGUCUGUGUAAACAGGAAGCAGAUUGUCUCCUCUGCAGCUGGAAAGCUUAGUUGCAAGAAGACCCAGAGACUUCUCAGUUUAGACAGAUGAUGAGCUGGAACCGUUUCUGAACACUGAAGCUGAGAAGACCCAAUCAGGACGCUGAGAGUCUGUAUGCCCAGCUGUAGAACUUCAGCGAGGUCUGAAGUGCUCUAAAAAGUCUGGAAGCAUCUGAAUAUUGUGGAUGCUCGAAGUAAACAAAACGGAAAUAAAGCGUUUCUAAACAGACGUGUUAAGAGUUUGUAAGCUUUAGUGAUGUGAGACCUGCAGCACCUAAGCUGCUGCCAGUUUCCAUUAUUUUGCAAUCAGCAAAAGAAACGACGCAUUCCUCCUCGAUUGUCCCGCCAGCUCACUCCAACACAGGCAUGUUGGCCUCGUAAAGCGGCCAGUAAAGAACACUUUUUAACAUGCUCAGGAACAACAGAGAGCACGUCGUCAUCUAGUCAUGCCUCACUUCCCUCCAUUUGAAUUCUUCAUGAAAAAAAACACACAUAAAUCUGAAGCUGCAGCAGGUGCCUCUGAUCAAAGACGUGGUGCCGAGACUCUGCAGAGGUUCCCGUGUACACGCUGGAUUUAAAAUCAUCAAAGUUUGCACUCGCCGUAUUAUGAGUGCGGGGAUUGCACAGAUGGCUCUGAGGAAAUAGGUUAAUAAGGUUGGCACACAAAGCCGUAACCAUAUACCUGUUACGAGAGGGGACUUGUUAUGAAAACAUUACAUAAGCCAGGUUGUUUAAUUCGGUUGUUAAGGUGAAGGGUUGCGGUCAGUUCGUCGAGUAGAGCACACUUUUUUGAUGUUUUUGUCAUCCACACACACAGCGCAGCGAAAAAUUUAUUCAGAGCAGCUUUAGCCUUUCUUUAUACUCAACAGAAUGGUUUGAAAAAGGUGCAGCCCUCAGCGGUUAGAGACACAUUUGUCCCUCUGUAGAUGAAGAGGAGUGAAUGUUGGAUUUGCAUUCAUCAAGCGGCCACAACAUGACUCCAAAUGAAUGCUAAUGCAGCUGGAUGUGUAACCAAGCAACACUGUGCCAAACCACUGAAAAUGUGAUAAGUUGGUGUCGGUCUUGACAACCUGUUAGCACUUUGAAAAAUUGGUUCAUGCAGGUUAAGGUGGCAUUUUUUUUUUAUCAUAAAGAAAUAUGUUAGUGACAUGAAUUACAAACAUCUACCCACUCUGUCACCCGACACGUGAAUGUAUUAUUAUUUUUUUACAUCUGUCCUUCUGUGUGUUUUUUCUGUCGAUCUGCAGGCUCAACUGCACUCCCUGCGCAGGGCUCUGUCCUAAAGUGUGUAUGGGUCUGAAGACGGUGGACUCGGUCACGGCUGCUCAGGCUCUGAGAGGCUGCACUGUUCUCAACGGGAGCCUGGUCAUCAAUCUGCGGGGAGGAAGUGAGUCUCUGCGGUUUGUUUGGUUGAUUCAGAUAAGAGCGGAGAGAAGGAACAACAAAGAGAGUUUGACGUGACACCAGAAAUUACACCAACGCACAUUUUGAAUAGGAAAUGAGGUGAUACGAACUUAGUGGAUUUUCAUGAUUGAUACAUUUACUUAAUGAGAGAACAAAAUAUUGAUAUACUGAGGGGAAAGUAGGAAAAGUAAACAGUUGCAUCAGUUCUAUUUGUGCUGCUUCUGCUUUUCAAUUGGCUUUAAUCAUUUAAGAAAUGUCAAUGUCAUUAAAGGAAUAAAAUGUAUUUGUUUUCAUUUAAGAAGUCACUUUCAAAUUUAGAUUUAAUUUUUCUAUAAGCGUAGUUUAAUGAUUUCAGACAGUAUAUAGACAGUAUAUAGAAGCAACAUCCAUAUCCUGUUCCUUCUUCUUCUUCUUACACCUCUGUCAUACUACUUAAUUUAGUAUUUCUCAAUCAGAGUGACAGACAGGCCUGACAUUAUAUAUCAAAGUCAAAGAGCACGGAACAAAAGAUAAACCAGUAAAGGUAGAAUAAAGGAGGACACAAGAUAAAAAGGAAGGUUUACUGUUACUGUAUUAACAACCACAUACUUAGACGGUUUAAAAUCAGAGAGAGAGGAAAAGUGUGUCUGUAAUUCGAUGUGAAGCUCUCUGAGUGUUUCAUCAAAGAUCCCCCCACCUGUAUGUAUUUUUCAAUGGCGAUAGUGACGGGGAAGCAGAUAUAUUUAGGUCCCAACAGGACAUAAUGUCCCUCAACCACUGAGUGUGGGUGGGCGUGGCAGCAUCCCUCCAUCUCAACAAUAUUUCACGCCUCGCUACAAGAGCGGAGAAGGACAGUGUGCAGCAUUUAAAUGGAGUCACACGUGUGUCAUGUUACACACACUGAAAAUAAGAGAAAUCCAUAAUUGGUGGGAGUAUAUGACAAACAAUCUUUAUUUUGGAUUUUAGAUGAAUGGAUAGGAGUAUAACACGAAAUGUAUUCAGGGAACAGCGUUUUCUUUUCUUUUCUUUUUUUUUUUUAGAGACCUUCAGCUGUGCAACGUGGAAAAUGCUGAAAAUCACUGAAUCAGAUGUAGUUUUAUUGAGAAAGACUGUUGACUCAACUUGAUGUCCUUCUGAACUCAGGCCAGCAGAGUGAACCUGAGUUUAUGAAUGAGUCAAAGACACCCCACCUCCCCAACAAGUUCAGCUUCUGUAUGAAUCAUAGUCCCGGAUCAGAAGGAUCUUUGUGAUUUUAAAGGUUAAAUGCAACAAAAAGGAACUAUUGACCUUCAUGCUCCAAUGUAACCGGGCUUCGUUCAUUUCCUGUCGUACAUGAUGUUCAGCACUUCAACAUACUUACCUAACUCACUUUUGUCAGAGGGCAAUAAAAGACUGUCUGGCUUGUGCGGUGUCCUUGGGUGUUCUGAAAGGAGCCUAUAACUAAAAUAUAUUAUCAUAAUAAAAAAAUUUAUACUGUUUUUUUCCAUGUGAAAGAAAAAAGUUGAUAGUUUUUAUGCUUCUCUUGAACGCUUGUGUCUUUCUCUCCUGUGUAGACAACAUCGCCGCUGAACUGGAGGCCAGCCUGGGCCAGCUGGAGGAGAUCACUGGCUACCUGACAGUGCGGCGUUCCUACGCCCUCGUCUCCCUCUCGUUUUUCCGUAAACUCCAUGUUAUUCGGGGAGAGGAGCAGGAAAUCGGGUGAGACUCCGUCCUCUCAUCCUCGCCAUGUCAGAGCCUCCUCCUGUAAUUAUGAGUUAAAAGCGGAAGGACUGACCUUUUGAAAACGUCUCUCUGUGGUAACCGUUUUCGGUUAGACUUUCCCAAAUCAUAUACGAGGCUUCAUACAGACGAGGAGGAAGACGCUUGUAGCACAAUGGCCUGCACUUACAGUAAAAAUGCAAAAAAGAUAGCCUUAUGAUGCUAAUUGUAGGCUAACUCUGCUGAAAUAGCUCUCAGCUCCUGAAACUUAUGGAGCUUUUUAAUAACAUCCUCAGUUAAAUAUCAUAUGUUUUAUAAAAAAAUACGUUCUUGUGAUCUUGUCUGUCCUUUUCCAGGAACUACUCCUUCUACGCUCUGGAUAACCAGAACCUUCGGCAGCUCUGGGACUGGUCCAAGCACAAGCUGACCAUCCUGCAGGGACGCAUGUUUUUCCACUACAACUCCAAACUCUGCAUGUCCGAGAUCCGCAAGAUGGAGGAAGUGACGGGGACCAAGGAGCGGCAAAUCAAGAACGACAUCGCCUCUAAGACCAACGGGGAUCAGGCCUCAUGUAAGCCCUUCUCUGAAGACAUGACGGUUGUUAUAGGAGUUUCUAUGGUAACAGGAAACACUGAGCCCUGCCUGGUACAGAUGCAAACAUAGACACAGUUAUUGUUAUGAUGGUCAUUUCCCGUCUCUGCGUGUUUGCAGAAGUUUAACAGGGAACAACAAACAGAGCAGAGCACAGAUAACUGUUAAACACAGGAACACAGUGAUACAAAGCCGGGCCUGUUUUUUCCUGUCCAUCGCAUUUGAAGUUCAGAGACAGGAUGAGUUUAUCAAAAACAGUAACAAGGAGUACAGCCUCGUCUUAAAAUAGAAAAGAAAGAGACACUUAGCAGAGGAAGAUGAAUCCUUCAAAGUUGGGACAAUUAAUUAUUGAGUUACCAAAACCUAACCGAGGAUCAGAGUCAACCGGGGUCAACCUGUGUCUCCUCAGGGCCAGCGUGUCUCAUACCUAAUUAGCUCCAAGCAGAGCCACACUUUUUAUUAUGAGGCAAAACAUGCAAGAUAGAUGGUGAGAAAUCUUUACAGCAAAAUGUGCCCAUUAGUGUCUGCAGCAGAGUGAAGAGAAAAAAACAUACAUCUACUCUUUCCAACUGUGGCGACUCAAUUAAUGAUUGAAGAUGUAGUAACCCUCAUUUGAACCCGAGAAAACAGCAGGUUUGAGAAGGGAAACAGGUCUGAAUUCAAAGCCAGGAUUCAAUAAUUGUUUAUCUGGUUAUCUGGGCGCCUGUCGUUUUACUUUAACUCUAAUCUCUGUUUACAGAUCCUACAAAAAAUGUAAAAUCUAUUGAUUUAAUUACUUGUAUAACAGGUACCUUAAUGCAAGUGCAGCCAACAAAAGAAUCUAGAUCAAAACCUCCAACUGGAGCAACUUGAUCUGUUUGUCGCUGUAUCAUCAAAACCAAUCAGCGGUUAGAUUUCGCAACCAUCUGGAGGGUACAGAAAAGACUAAUCCAGCCGUUAUUCAACAAAAAGUUGUUUUCUUACAUACAUGUAACAUUAAUCAGUCAAUAGAUUGGUAAGCUUCUCUUUUAACUUCUUGCAGAAACCACUUCAGGAGUUAUAAUCGUCCAAAAAUGUGGGUGUUUAUCUAUGCUGCUGACAUGAACGCCACGCAGGAAUGAAAAUCUUUGCUCAGAGUCAUUUUCAAACGCUGCACCGACUUAACUAAAAAGUCGGCAUCUGUUCCCACAGGCGUUCACAGCGUACUGCGUUCAUCCGUUGAUAGACAAUGAUUGCUGAUGGAUUCUUAGAUUGCUUUCACUCAGACGCCCCACGUCACAUUUACUGAUCCCGCCGGCUACUCAAAGAAAAACAGUGAAACGAACGCUGUCAGAUGUCGGGUUUGCAGAAUAAGAAUCAGGAGUAACAACAGUGAGAAGCUGAACGUCAGCUGAUGUUUGACAAAGACACUACAGGACAGCUGGUAAAAAAAAAAAAAAAGGCCUCCUGUGAGUUGAUUUGGACGGAGGCUGAAGAAAUGGAAGCCUGAGUGAGUGACAGGAGGUACUUUGCUGCUCUUAUUUGAGGGCUGUCCAUCCUUGCCCGGCUUUGUCCGGGGGAGUUUAUAAAGUCCUUCAAUUGUCUGAGGUUUUGCAUGGAAGUUUAGAGUUUGUGUCGCAUGAACUUACUCCGUUAGAAGCGUGUAAAAAACACUCAAUCCGACCCGAAAAACUCUUAAAAUUAACUAUGCGCGACUCCAUAACUCCGCCCCUGUAGUCGUGUUGUCUUUUUGGGGAUUCAGAAUAUGGUCACCCUAGCUCAUGAAUUAACAAAGAUGACUCUUCCUCUCCGCCUGCAUUUUUUGCUUUUUACUCCUUUUACCCCUCAUAUUAGCCUGAUUAUAUGUACAGAAACUGUUGGAGUGUUACAGUCUCUAAAUAUCAGUUUUUUCUUGGAUCCCUUCCUUUCUCCUGAAAUUUCCUCUUUCAGUCUGCUUCCCAUCGCUUCUUUAGGAUAUUUGCCCCCAAACAGAUUUGAAGGUUGGCUACGUGCAUAUGUCUGAGCAGACUGAUUCACUCAGAUGAUGAAGCUGGGCCUAUUCUGUUCACUAAUAAGGUCAAAUAAAAGGUAUCAUACUGACUACAAAUUACAAAACAGGACUCUCUCUCUCUGUAAUAAGGGCAUGUCAGAAGCCCCCAUUAAAGAGUUUUUGGAGUUGGGGGGGAAGCUUUCCACUUCUCUCUGUGUCUGCGUCAAGAAAAUUAAAACCCAACACGAGUUCGGUUUUAUCAGAAGUUGACCGGGUUUUAUGUGCCAUGGCAGUCUUCCUGCAUCCUAAAACCGCUCAGGUCUCAUGUGGUGUUAGACUUAAAUCCAUUAGCUGGAGGACUAAAGGUCAAGAGAGAGCUCUAACAAAUCAAAUCCACCGUCCCUCUAAAGACAACAACCCUGACAGUCAGGCACCGGGCCAGAAACUCUAUUCAAUAAAACAACACACAUGCUAAUGAAAGAGCGGUAUCUCCAGAGAAGAGAUAUUUCAAGAUGUACAUGACACCUUACUGUACUUUGAACUUUUCCUGCUUUUUACUAUUGUGUGUUUAAUUGAUGGAUGUCUUUUUACAGGUGAGAACCAUGUGUUGAAGUUCACCAUGAUCCGAACUGGGAGUGAUAAAAUUAUGGUGAAGUGGGAACCUUUCUGGCCCCCAGACUUCAGAGACCUGCUGGGCUUCAUGGUGCUCUACAAAGAAGCGUGAGUUUAUCUUCAUCUCCACGCUGACAAUCAGACGACUGGGAUCUCAGCCAGAUAAAUGUUCUUUAAGCCGCUCAAGUACUUAACAGAUGUGAAGAAACUGUCUUGAGCAGUUAGAUCUUGUGGAUAGCGGUGAUGUGAUUUCCCGCCUCGCUGACUUACAAUGAAACUUUUGUGGUGAAAUCUUGAUAACAUAUUUACAUCUGAAAAUAGUGCAAACGAUCAGAUAAAUUUGAAGUAUGGAACAUCAGAAUUAUUGUUUGUGCUGAGUCAGAGAUUAAAAAGUUAGAACCAGACCACAAGGAUCAUGAAUCAGCCAGUAUCUUCUUCUGAAUAAGCAGCGUUUCAGUGCUGUCUCUGGCCGCCUUCACCCAUGGACCAGCCAGAUAAAUACAACGAUAAAUAACUGCAACACAUCAAAAUGAAACUGUGCCUUCUUAAGCCCCCAAAAAUCACAAAUUCAUCUUCUGAUUGUCGUCAUUUUUUUUUUCUCCACAAAAGACCUUUUCAGAACGUAACCGAGUUCGACGGGCAGGACGCCUGCGGCUCCAACAGCUGGGUGAUCGCUGACGUGGACCCUCCACGUCGAGCCACAGACGGGGACAAAGAGCAGUUUGAACCCGGUCAUCUUAUCCUGCCUCUGAAGCCCUGGACGCAGUACGCCAUCAUGGUGAAAACGCAGCUCUCGGCCUCCGACGAGCACCAAGUCCACGGAGCGAAAAGCGAAAUCAUCUAUGUCCGCACCAACGCAACCAGUAAGACUGAUUCAGAUUUGAGUUGUUUGUCUGAACUGACCAUUUACUUCCCAAACACACAAACCUUCCUCUUUUAUGUGGCUACUUCAUUAAGCCCGAGCAAAAAUACGACAUUUACAUAGUUUCAUGACUUUCAGGAAGGAUCUUAUGUGGGUUUUAAAAACGUAUUUUCACUUCCAGUUUUGAGCAUGAUACCAUCUAUCCCCGAGAGCUUUAUUCUUGUAAGAUCUUAUCAGUAUCCUUGUCGCUUUAGGACUUAAAACUUGCUAAUCCGUGACUUUAUUCUCUUAAAUUUACAACCCUUUUCUUGUACAUUUGUGACUUUAUCCUCAAAGUCUCUUUUUUUAAAGAGGAGAGAAUCUGAAAGCUGUCGUCAAUUUAUAUAUUUUGAUAUUUAAAAGUUAUCAAAUGUACACAAAAAAGAUCCAAAGUAAAAUCAAAAAGAUGUAAACUGCAAUGUUUUCUUCAAAGAGGUCUACUUUUAACAUAUUUAUGUAGCAUUAUGAAUGUAUGAUCAUUUUUGUGAGCUUCAUAUUCGAUAUUGAUUCAUGAAUUUAACAGUUUGUACUUGUUAAAAGAGGCACCACUCAACAAAUUUGACAACUAUUUGUUUUUAGGCAUAACAGUACUAAUGGGGGGCCUCCUGCUGUGAGGUCUGAGGUUCACAAAAGGGUUAUCUCAGCUACAUAAAUCAGAGUUCCUAUGCAAGUAUGGAAAGUAAUAUGAUCAAUUUCCAGGUCUUAAAAAGUAUGUUAAAUGAAAAAUAAAGUAUGGAAAAAUUUUUAUGUUUUCAGACUAUUACCACAGUAAAAAAAUACUGUUACUGAAACUAGGGUAUGGAAACUCCAACUGCGUAGGAACCCUGACAAAUCCUGAGCUUUACUGUAGAGACACAGACAGUAAUAUUGCUCUCAUUGCUUCACUGAAUGAUUGACAGAAUAGUCCUGUCUUACUUGAUUUUUAAAGCUCAGGUUUAGAGAAACUCUGGGUUUCCGGUAGUUGAGUUAAAGACCUGCAGCAGAAAAACCUUUUUUCUUCUCAGGUCCAAAGCUCAACUAUUUUUAGGGGCGUUUAAAUCCUCAUUUCUUAAGGUGUUACUAUCACUGACUGCUUGAGUCACUGUGGUGUGUGUCAGUCCACCCGCUGCCAAACUGUCCUUGGCACAGGAACAGGGAAGAGGAAGACAGAUGGGACGACUCGCCUUGGGGGGGGGGCUUUGACCAACAGGGCGCCGCCUCGUGCAAGGUGUCUGUCGGUCACGAGGCUAUCAUAAAUCUCUUCCUACUUAAUUACAAUCUGACACCCGCAGAGUGUGUCCUGUGCCGUUUGGGCUCAUUGUAGUCAUCACGUCCUGUCUGACUGGCUUCCUUUUACACAAUCUGCCUGAUGAGCAUCAUCCAACGUGACAUCCUUCACUCAUGAAAAAAGGCUUCCAGCAGAGACGCACCAUAACCCAGCAUGUGGAGGGAGGCUUGUCUUCUACCCAUCUGGCACCCAUUCUGCGUUCCUGGUCUGUGUCAUACCUUUUCAGAAGGGCAAAGCUGUCAUUACCAAUAAGCUGUUGUCGAAGAACUUAGUCUGACAAUGCGGUCGGACCAGUGCGAUGCCACGUCACGAAACAAGGACAUCAUAAUCACCGUAUGACAAAGGAGCUCAGAUGUCUGCAUCUCCUCAGGGUUUCAGUCUGACAUCCACACACACCGCUCCCUCCUCUUAUCUCGUCUCCUCAUCACAUGCUCUUCACAUGAACUCGAAAUGUCAACACCUAAAGCUUUCUUCGAUUAUAUAUAUUCCACGCUCUUCUCAUGACUGCUACUCCACCUCGGGUCGGCACAAGUGUCUCUCAAGUCGCCUCCCACUCAAACGGCUGAUUCAUCCGUCUACCAAAAAGACGACUGAUCAGACAGUCAGAUAAACGCUGAUGCCAGUCUGUGAUUCUGCCGCAUCUAACCGCAUUUGUUGUUUGCAACACCAGAAGACACGCUUUUGUUAUUGGCUGUCCACAGCCGAUGCAAAUCUAAUAUCUGCUCUGAAACGCUGAUAAUGCAGCUGCCAAGUUCGUUUUCAUUGUGAUUCUUUCUCACUAUAAGAAAGCAACCGUGACCUAGCCAGAGCAAAUCACACACUGACUCAUGUUUCAUGUGCCCCGUGCGUUAAGUGCUGCUAAUCUGUUUUCACAAAGCUGGAUGGUAUUAAGAAUAGAAAAACAUGCGUCAUGUCGCGCUCUGUUUCAUAAAACGCGUGUAAGUCUAGAGUCGUUUCUAAGACGAGUUAAAUCAGAAUUCAUUCAUGAUAUUUAUUUACAAAGAUUGAGUCUCUUCCAGUAAGAUUACAAGCCGUUCUUAUCCCAUUGUUAUCCACCAGUACCAGAGUAUUUGAAGUUAUAGUGGAGAGGAAAAACAGGCAGAAACCUUGAAGAGAACCAAACUUAUGCUCGACAGCCAUCUGCUGCUUCAGUGCUAGGAAAAGAGAGAAAUGGGGAGAGACAAACAACAACAACAAGACUUAAAAACAUGAACACUCUUUGCUGAAACUGCAAAUAAGUAACAGUUGACUCAUUGUAAUUGUAAUGCCAGCUAAAUUCAUAUCAGCAUUUAUGAUAAUGAUGCAGGAAUGAUGAUAUCAGUUGUAACAGAUGGAGUCAAUCUGUUCUGAAGAUCAACGAUAGCAUUGUGUCAGCGAUAACUCCAAAGGAUAUAAGGCUUGACCUCAUGUACCGCUACUAACUCUACAAACUAAACCGUAUUCUAGCUCCACAUAAGAGAUCAUCUUUCUCUGAAGGUGCAAAAAUAUGUUAUUGAAGCAGAAAACAAGGAUGUGAAGGGAUGAUGUUAUCAUGAAAUAAUCAGAUAAUAGAAUAAAGCACCUGUUGGAUCAGGUUUAUCAUCUGGAUGCCUUGUCUAGCUCUGACCAUUUCUCACUCUCCGACUUGUUUUUAUAUCUUUGUCUCGCCACCUCAGAGCCGUCAGUCCCGCUGGACCCCAUCUCCUCCUCCAACUCUUCCUCUCAGAUCAUCCUGAAGUGGAAACCUCCCAAUGACCCCAACGGGAACAUCACUCACUACCUGGUCUUCUGCCAGCGCCAGCCCGAAGCCAGCGAGCUCUACAAGUUUGACUACUGUCAGAAGGGUGAGCCACAUUGUUUGUGGUUGUCCUUUUUUUUUUUUCUUCUUCUCCUGUCUGUUGAUGUGUGAGUGCUUUUGUGUGUCUAAGUGUUUCUGACAGAUGGAGAGAGAGAGUCUUUUGAAGUUUUUCCAUUAGCAGGAGAGCUCUUCUCUCUAUCUCAGCCUGCUGCAGCCUGCCCAGUUCUGUUUGAUUAUUUUAUAUGUGCAUAUUUUAACGCGCAUCUGUGAUAUAUUACUCCACAUUAAUAGCAGGCGUUUAAAAUAUGACAUUUACUUGUUAAUGUAAAUGCCAUUUCUAGUAGUAAAUGAAUAAUUUGGUGGAUUUAGCAGUAAGGCCUGACCAUUUAUCGGCGAGUCGAUUAAAUCGGCCAAUUUUAGCCCGUUUGAGACUAAUCAGUAAUCGUCCAAAACUCGCCGAUUUUCGACGAUAUUUUCAGAAAUAAAAUGCGGAGAAUAAGAUUCAGUUUCACUUCGAAAAUGUUCUGCCAUUUGAAAAGUUCCCCGACUUAUCGAGGAGAUGGCGCAGCAGCCUCAUGACAACGUUCAGCCACUAACUACCUUACAGUACAGCAGAGUGACGGAUCUAAAGCAGGCAGCUCAGGGACGCACAGAGGAGAGUGGUCCGCCUCAACGGUAAAUAAACUAGAUUGUGAAGUAGACAAUAAGUCAACAAGUUUUAAUUCAACCCACUUGACAAUGUUCCCCGCUGUGCUGGUCUCGGUCACGCAGAGUUAACGGUGAAGCACCAUGUAAUAUGCAAGCUAAAGUUAGUUAGCCACCUGCUAUUAGCCUUGCUACACCGUUAGCCGUGCUAGUAACGGUAGAAUAAACAGCUGCAUGUCUCCAGAUGAGACCGGACCGAAAAUGUGUAAAGUGAGUUAAGACACGGAGGCACCGGCGUGGGGGGUUGGUGGGAGUUAAUUUGCCAAAGAAUCGGCAUCGGCCCCCAAAUAUCCAUAUCGGUCAGGCCCUAGUUUAAAGUAUGAAAUUUAUUUGUUUAUGUAGAUGCCAUUUCUAGUAGUAAAUGAAGAAUUUCGUGGUUUUAGCAGUAGGGGUGGCAGAAAAUACUUGGUCUGGUGAUAUAUUGUAUUGUUUCAUUUACUGAGUAUUGAUUUUUUUCAAACUAAUAUGAAGUCAGAUCUAUGAUGAUGGAAAAAUGAAUCAACUGUUUGUCCAGUAAGGUUGGCAGAGGUGACAUCAUAGAGCAGAAGAAAGUUAGUGCAACAAUUAUAUAUAUAAGGUUUGCAAAAUGUGCUACAUGGAAAUAAAAUUCAGCCUAAAUUAGACAAACAUAAAGGAAAGCCAAAUGCUAAAUUAUCUUAACAGUUGAAAAAAUCGAAUGAAUCGCAAUAUAUUGUAUCGCAAUACUCACUGUAUUGCAAAAUGUUAAAGAUCGCAAUAAUAUCGUAUCAUGGCCCAAGUAUCAUGAUACGAUAUUAUUGCGGGGUCACUAGUGAUUCCCACCCCUGUUUAGCAGCUGGUUGGAUAAAAAGCAAUUCAAAAAUGAAACGUGCUCAAAGGAAGUUGCACAAUUUCAGCUCCUGUGAGGAGUUUUUGAGGUUUCUUAAACAAACUGAAAGUAUUAUAACUAGAAACCUAAAGCAAACAAGCUCAACUUUAUUUUUUCAUCAUAUAUUUCAAACUCUCUUGAUGCACGUUAAAUUUAACUAACUCGUAGAAAAUCAGUCCUGCGAGGAGCAGAAGUGAAAGCUUUGCUUUUAUUAGAUGACAACACAUCAGUCACGUUGAACAAAAAGGUCUCAGUGGAUGUAAAAGCUGAGGCAGGUUUUAUUCUUAACCUGCAGAGAGGCUUUUCAUUUUCUGUUGCUUCAUAAAAACAUUGCAAUCACUUAAAUUCAGACAUGUUAACAGCUCAACAUCUCAGGUGCAGUAUUUCCUGUGUCUGUGUUUCAGCAGGAUGUGAGUUUAGAUGGGAAAAGCUGCAAAAAGCAGAGAGCCAUUUGUGGUCCAGUUUUACCUCUGAGUGCAUUUUAACCCUUCUGAGCCCGUCUGUGAAUUGAACCGUGAGCGCUCCUCUCUGUACCCACUUAAAAACUAAAUCUAUUGCAGCAGAGGUGAAUCUCUUGUUAAGGGAGUAUUCUGUGGCUUGAACUAAGUCAAACCUGACAAUGAGACAGUCAAGAUCUUCCUCCCACUUUGACUCAGGUUCAGGCAAAGUUCAGACCUUUAUCUCUGUGAAAUAUCCCCGUCACAGCCUGGCCUACAUCGAUUCCCCGCCAUCAGUGCCCUGCCAUAUUAGCACACAACCAGUCCAGACUUUCCUUUUUUUAUCCGCUCCCACACACUGAGAGAGAUUUGAGCCUGCAAGAGAGGUCGUGUCAGUGGUAAUAUAUCUCCAAAAGAAAGGGUGUGGACCGGAGGGUGACAGUGACAGGCAUGCCCCUCAGGCGCAUGUGGGAGGAAGUCUACAUGAAUAUUUCUGUCUUGUGCGUCUGUGUUUAUCACACCUGUUACCCAAUCCUGCCUGAUGAUUUUCCCUCCUUUUGUUUUCUUCUCUGUUUACCAUCACGGGGUCGUUCCUCCAGGGAUGAAGCUGCCGUCUCGGGUGCCCACCCAGGUCGACAGUGACGAGGAGCAGAAGUGGAACCAGACGGAGGAGCAAGGUCAGGGGACACGAUGCUGCGCCUGCCCCAAAACCGACAAGGAGCUCAAGAAGGAGAAAGAGGACUCGGAGUAUCGAAAAACCUUUGAGAAUUAUCUCCACAAUGAAGUCUUUGAGAUCAAGUAAGAAAAACGAGCACAGAGUUUCCUCUUUGAUCAGACGGUUUAAUAACUUAAUGUCUCAUGAAUGGAGUCGCCAAGAAAAUAAUUUUUUCAAACUUUAACCCAAGUCAGACGAAAUGAGAAAAGCCCGACACAACAAGUGAAGCUUUUUAUGCUCCGUGGGAUGAUCUCUGUUUGGAUCAUGAAAAAAUAAACGAAUUAGAGGAAGGGCUAAUUUAUUUGUGAAGCAUCACUCAUGUAGAACAAUUCAGACUCAGAUUAGGUUUACUGUCCCACAGGGAGAAUUUGUCUUACACACAAACACAUGAAAAGUACAGAGCAAUAAAAACUAGCUGCUAGUCACCACGGGAGCAGCCGUGGACGUUUUAAACAAAGUACUCACAAAAUAUAUGAAAGUAAAAGGCAGAAAUAUAACAUUAAGCAAAUAGAGGUGAUAUUUAAACAAUUCAAUUUCCCAUUAUGUUUCUCAACACUCAAAACCUUUUUUUUAAACCCGUUCAUCCGUCAGUUUUCUGGAUACUCAGAGGAACAGAUAGUAGCAACUGUUUUACCGUAAACAACGACCAGAAAACAACACUGUAUAACAUCCGAGCUGCAGUAGAAAACACAGUCAGGGCUUCAUAAUGUUGAAUCACAUCAGAAAUAAAGAAGUUAAAUUUAAUCCAUAAAGCCACGCUGAAGGCCUCAUGAAAAGCUGGCAGCCGCAGAGGAGGAGGAUUCACGCGAUCAGAGCACAUUUCCAGACCCUGUCCACUCAGAGGGAUUCAUAGUUUCGCACUUACUAAUGUCUACACACUAAAUAUGUCAUAAACUGUUGUGUAACAAAUGAAAAACUAGUGUGAGAAAUUCAAACUUUUGCACUUUGCUCAUCACUACACAGCUGGUCGGUCUUGCGCAGGUGUGAAUGUUGGGUUGUCAGAAAAACGUUCCUACAUUUAUCUGAUGUUGUUUGUUUUAUUUGCAAUUUGUUAAAAAAAAAUUAACUGUCUGUCCUUUUUAGACGUUCAAGACAGCGACGCUCUGUCAUGGGCAUCGCCAACAGGACACUCCCCUUCCUCACCACCGCCCCGAGCCCGCCGCAGGGCACCGGCAGCCCUGAAGACGAGGACCAGGAAACCUUUGAGAGCACGAAAACCUUCGUCACUGUCCUCGCGAAGGAGUCAACCGUCAUCUCAAACCUGCGCCACUUCACCAGCUACCAGAUUGAGAUCCACGCCUGCAACCACCCGAAGGACGCGGCCCGCUGCAGCAUGGCGGCAUAUGUCAGCGCCAGAACGAUGCCGGAAGGUAAGGAGGGACUGAUGACGCUUCAUCCUGGAGAGGAGAGAUGAAACAUUAGGAGGGUUCAAACUUCUUCUGCCUGGAGACACUCACUUGAACCUGAUUUGCCCCCAUGUUUAAAUGUCGUUAUUCCUGAGUUCGGAAGAUAACGUGGUUCUAAUUUCUGCAGAUAAAGCCGAUGACAUCACCGGUCCGAUCAAUUACGAGGUGGCAGAAAACACAGUGCUCAUCACAUGGCAGGAACCAGCUGCUCCUAAUGGUAUGAUCAUCCUGUAUGAGGUCAACUACAAGAGACUGGGAGACUCAGAGGUGAGGAGACACACACACACACACUUGAGUCGUGCCUUUGUUACUUUAGCGUUAGUUAGGAUUCGAUUGGUCGGGUCACUGAGUGCAUGAGUCGACAGCACAUCCAUCCAGAUCCUCCUCCUAAUCAGAAAGCACUUUUUAGCUGGGACCAGUAUUAAAAGACAGUUAAAAACCAGCCUUGGUCAAAUCAGAGGCAAUACUGAUUACUGGAGAUGUAUUUUGAAAUUAAGCCUUAUGGACACGCUAAUGUGAUAGGAUUAUAGCUAAAUGGAGGAGUUAUCUAAGCAUUACAUCAUGUUUUAGUCGUCAUGGAGACAUAAACAAAACAUCUGACUGAUGCCGUCGACUUCUCUGUGGAAAACAAUCAGAAACCCCAGAGCUUCCUCAUUGGAAAAAGAAAGACAUGAAACAGUUUUAACCUUGGAAAGGAAAAAGUAUAUCCUGUAAAAUGAGUCCAAAUGUUAUUUCCUACACGAUAUUUUAAACUCGGUGGAAAAUCUUGAAGCGGUUUGUCACAUGAUGCCGAUCCUUCACGCUCUUCUCACUGCAGGAGCUUCACUACUGCGUGUCGAGGAACAUGUUUAAGGUGACCCGAGGGGCAAAGCUGAAAGUGAUGCAUCCUGGGAACUACACGGUUAGGAUCCGGGCCACUUCGCUAGCUGGAAACGGGUCCUGGACUGAGCCCACUUACUUUUAUGUGCAGGAUGCAAGUAAGUCUCCAUCUGGUGUGGAGUAAAACAAAACCACAAAUGAAGGACUUGUGCAAAGUCCUCACAUACAGCACACAUCCAGAUGAUACACACAGUAUUAGCACGAUAUGAUCAGUUUUGUCCCAAAAGAAAUGAUACAGUGAGUGCGAUUUUUUUUUAUGCCAAACAAAACCGAACACUUUUGUUACCCAAGAUUUUUUUAGAUUUCAUUCAUUUUAUCAAGUUCACCUGCGAGUAGUUCCUCCAAUUAGGAACUACUCUGCGAGCGUAAUCAAAAUCAUGUAGAUCAGGCCGCUUCUUCGACUAUAGAGGAUCAUUUUCUAUACCAGAAAACUGUGUAAACUUACAACCUGCAUAAAUUCAGAAUUAAAGAACACUGCUUUAGUUUUAAAAAAGUCCCGGAAAGGGAAAACAAUGGCAAAAAUAUACAUUUCUGCUCCUCAGAUAUGUGUGAAAACAAGCCUCAAUGGGGCCCUAAGCAAAAUUUGAUUUUGGGGCCCUCUAUUUCUGCCAAUAAUAUUGAUUGUUGGUCAUUCACACACCUACUACAGUAUAAAUUUAAUGUGCCUGACAUGUCUUAACACAUUUAAGGGGGUGGCCUGGGUAAUAACAUAAAUAAUACCAAUGCAACCAUACAAAUAAUACCAAUAAAUGACUGAUGAAUGAUGUUCAGGGUGCCACAUACGGUUUUUAAUCUCAAAAUGUAACACAUUCAGGCUGAUCAGUGCACAUUGCACAGCAGGAGGCACAUAACGGUAGCGGAGCUUUGACAUAUCGGCAGUAAGAAUCAUAGGCCUACAUCAGCAGCAGCACUAAAAUGUUUUCACUUAAUCAUAUAUUCUACAAUAAUAUAUUUGAUCAUACAGAAAGCAUCACUCAUACAUACAUACAUGUAUUUUUCUUUUUGGUUUAUUUUUUGGAUUGCUCUUGGGGGGGCCCCCUACUGGCCGCGGGGCCCUAAGCAGGCGCUUAGCUCGCUUAUGUCUUGCGCCGGCUCUGCUCAUAGGACUGUAAAUCUUCUUAAAUGUAGGCUUUAAAACAGCACUGACCUGUUUAUCUAUUAAUUAGCUUCUAUCUUAAGAUUUUAAUAAUUAUAGAAUGAAUGAAUGACGCAGGACUGUAAUGUGACCCACUGUUUGAUCUCCUGAUGUGUUUUUUUUCAACAGGCGAUCCUCUCUACAUCGUCAAGAUCAUCAUCGGACCGGUCAUCUGCUUUUUCCUGCUGCUGUUUGUGGCCGCAGCUGGAUUCGUCAUCUUUAGGAAAAGGUGCGCUGUCAUAAAAUCCUGAUCAAUACUUUUACUGUUUUUUAGGAUUGUUAAAUUGAUCUGUUAUUGAUUAUUCUCUCUUUUUUUUUCUCUUCAGCCAAACUCAAGGGCCUAGUGGUCCCAUCUACGCCUCUUCAAACCCAGAAUAUCUCAGCGCUAAUGAUGGUAAGAAAUGAGUUUAAGCACUUGAUCAGGAAUGACAUUACUCAGUUAAUCACGUGUAAAAACUGGUGAUUGAUGUGACCAUCAUAAAUUUUAUCCAGGCAUCUUAAUCGUUUAAUCCGAAUGCCCUCACAUGCACUCAGGGAAUCUGAUCAUUCCCACAUUUUAGAAGCUGUUCAACCAAAAAAGAAAACAGCGCUUCUGAUAACUAGUCCAAAGAUUCUGAGAAACUCUUAGUUUGGCGCAUGAUUUGUGUAGACUGACUAGAUGAACAUUUGGCAGGCUAAAGAAAACUGCUGUUCUCUGCAUGAGAAGAAACGCUGCAAGUAAGGGCCACUCAAAUUAAGUCGAAGCUUCCCCGAAGAUUUAAUUUACUUCAAAUCACAGCAGCCUUUCGAGGGAAUAUCUGAUGAAGCGCGUUAUCAGAUGAUCAAAUUGUCUUGCUUGGACUUGCCUGCUUUCUUUUCUUUUCUGCAUGCGGUCUUGAUUUUUAUCCAGCAGUGUGUAUAACCUGUUCCUUAAUACGUGUCUGCAGUCUACGAGGAGGACGAGUGGGAGGUGCUCAGAGAGAAGAUCAACAUCUUGAGGGAGCUGGGCCAGGGCUCCUUUGGCAUGGUGUACGAGGGCAUCGCCAAGGACAUCGUCAAGGGGGAGGGAGAGACACGGGUGGCGGUGAAGACGGUGAAUGAGUCGGCGAGCCUGAGGGAGAGAAUCGAGUUUCUGAACGAGGCCUCGGUCAUGAAAGCCUUCAGCUGCCACCAUGUGGUAAGGAGAGACAGUUUUUUAACCCCACACUGGUCUUGGAAGCUUAACUGGAGUGAAAGUGCAGGAAUCAAAGCAGAGAGGACGUCUAUUACUACUGAAGGGCAAAUCUUUAAGUGUCGGAUAUUUGUUAGACCUCCUUGGUAUUAAAGGUAAAAGUGAAAGUCGACAAUAAAAUGUUCUUCAAAAAAAAAAAAGCUAGAAUUCAAAAAUAUGUUUUUUUUUCACUGACAAACAAGAUUUCCACACAUUUAAGACCCUUUUCAGUCCCUUCAGAUACUUCAAGUUGUUUCCUCUAAAGAUUGAGGGAAACAAAUUUGCGAUGUUUUUUUACAGUGUAUCUCAGUCACCGUGAACAUGAACAAGUUUUACUCUUUUUUUCACACUGGAAAUACCUCUCACUUACUCACCUCCAGAGACUACUCCUCAGCUCCUCAAACCUUUGCUUUAAAUGUGCUCUGCAGGUUCCAACAGUCAGUAUGUGGAUAUCAAAGAUAGCAGCUCUUCUCCUCUGGAGAAUCUGACUCUUGACUUCAGUCAUAAAUCAGAAUAAGUCUGGAGAUUAUGGAGGUUUUUGCACUCUUUCUCUUCCCGAUAUGUGGUCUUUUCUUACUCUUUACUAUGCUAUCAUACAAUGCCUAUGUGUUUGCUCAAACUCUUGUAUAUUGUGAGUACAUAGUGGUGGUAUUUCUCUAUAACAUGUUGAUGUAUGCAGCUUCUGUAGCGUCUGUUGUUAGUUUGGGUGGGAUUAUUGUUUAAUUUGGUCUUUUUUAGCAUUCUGUUUGUUUAUUUUCGGUGUGUUUUGAGGUUUGUACUGUAGGACUCAAAUAGUGAAAGAUAUAUUUUUAAUGAAGACAAUUUUGAAUUUUGAAUACUGUAAAUCCUUCUGGGAUGUAACAGAGUAAAAGUACACAUUUAUUCCAGAAGCUUGGCCUGAUUAAAGUGGAAGUUGGCAGAGAUAUAAGAGUUCAGAAAUACUUGAACACUGUGACUGAGUACCAUUAUCUUACACCACUGCUCGAUCAUAAACAGCACAGGGCCUUUUCUGUCAGUUUGAGUUGUUGUAAGAGGGUAAAAGUCUCUGGUAGUACGUGAAUUUGUAACCAGACGCUGCUCUUUCCCAGUACAGUGUGUCUCAACGCUUGUAAAUACCAACAUUGCUCAGUGCAAAGGCCAUCGGUGUUUCCCUGCUGUUACCAGGCACGCUGUCAAAAUACAUGAUAUAAACAAACCUGACUACAGCGAAACAAAAACACCCUCAUCCUUGUCUUGCAGGUGCGUCUGCUGGGAGUUGUGUCUAAAGGUCAGCCCACCCUUGUGGUGAUGGAGCUGAUGACCCAUGGAGACCUGAAGAGCUACCUGCGCUCUCUGCGACCCGAUGCUGAGGUAACAGCGCUCCACCAUGAAUCACAAAACAAGUGUUUGUAUUGUAGGUUGCACUGCAUGUCUUGUUUUAGUGAGUUUGCAGCAGGAGUAUUUCCAACAUUUCCCCCUUUUUCCUUUUUUUUUAAUCUCUAUUGGAAAGAAUUUUGUCCUGAUGUGAUUUCCCUCUGAAAUCCUACGCUGCUGCUUUUAUUGACAACAUCACUUUUCCACUAACAAGCAUCUGAUUUUGAACGUGGGCUGCACAAAUACACCCUCAAAAACUCAGCAGUUCCCAAUCUCUUAUCAAGACUCAAUAUUAAACACAGAUGUACAAACACUGAACAAGCCAAAUCCAUUAAUGUUUAAACAAUCCAACACUUUACACUAAAAGGAGUCACACAUUUUCCCCCCUGAUGCAUUUGAAUGAAUGAAUGAAUGGUUUUAUUUUUGGUCACAAUAACAACAAAUGAGAAACAAACAGAAUUAUAAACUUGACCAAAAAAAAGGAUUAGGCGGAAGCACAAUGCUUAUAGUUGCCUAUCCUUUACAAUCCUUAUAACAUCAUUUUAAUAUUUAAAACAGUUGAUAAUGUUGAAAUAAGAUUAAAAAAAGAAAGACACUUUAAUAUUAAAAAGGAAACAUUAAAAUAAUAUGUUGCACUACGAAAGGAAAAAAAAAAAAAGUCAUAAAGAAUGAAAGAAAAUGUCUUACUCAAAGCUUUCAGCAUUUGCGCCGUCAGCCUGAUUGUUCCCGACUCUUGAUUUAAUCACAUUUACUAAAUGUAUCUAAAUGAGGAGAGGGGCUUUGAGGUCUGAUAUUGAUCUGUUUGUUUUGUCACUAAUACUUGGAACUGCUUCACCUUGUCUAUUGACUGUUGUGCAAUACAAAACUCCACUUUGUGUUUAGCUGCGAUGACUAACAGUGUGUCAUCUUCUGAAGUGUGUAAACAUACAGAUGGGAGUGGGGUGGGAAUAGGAGGAGGAUUGCGCUCUCAGAUAUUGACUAAAGACUUGAGCAGUCAUCACUUAAGUCAUCUGAAAGCACUUCUUGUUUGGGGUUUGACAGCAGGCUCCAAAACGACUAAGAAAACAUUUCCUCCCAAGGCAUUUAAGCCGACUGUGACAGUCAGGACUAAGUGUGGUACUUUUAUUUCACUUGGCGCUGUUUUCAAAGGUUUUCAACUAAACGGUUGUUGACAUGACAAAGAAGCACUAAAACCUGUCUCGUGUGUGUCCUUCAGAACAACCCUGGACGUCCGCCGCCCACUCUGAAGGAGAUGAUACAAAUGGCGGCUGAGAUCGCAGACGGCAUGGCCUACCUGAAUGCAAAGAAGUUCGUCCACAGAGAUCUAGCAGCCAGAAACUGCAUGGUAGCUCAUGAUCUCACUGUUAAAAUUGGAGGUAAGCUUGUAGCACAACAGGCAUGAAAGCGUCUUAGACGUCAAAACCUUUUGUGGCGUUUUCUUUUCAUGGCGUGUCAGGGGAUCUUUGUGUGAUCGUCUUGUUUUUGUUCAUACUUCUCUUUACGUUCAGAAUCAAAUAAAACAAUGAAAUGACUUUAAAGUCAGCGAAGGUGUCAGAAAAAGGCUGUGAGUUCACUCUGCCAUUUGCAUUGCUGUGACUGGAAUUUAAAAUGAGCGUUUAUCCGUAUAGAGGCAAAUUGAACACAGAGACGGAUCUAAAAGUGUUCCUAUAGUUCGCAUAUUUGAGGUGAAUACCGGAUGAGAAAAGAUGGAAGAGGAAACACAGCUUUAGUGAAGGAAAAGGGCUUUCUGGACAUGAGUGGAUGAAUUCAUGUUUUUGUUGUUAGUAAAUGGUUGAUGCAUAUCCUCAAAUUCCUUUAAAUGUAAGAGCACGCAGUUACUUUUAACACUGAAUUUUAACAAAUGAAUUAAACCACCUCACAUCAACAGCAGCAUUCAAGCAAAGACAAAUCUACUUGUUUAGAGUCUCAAGCAUAGUAAAGCACUUAUUUUUUAUUUAUUUAUUUUUAAACAUAUCUUUAUUGUUAUUUGUGUUCAAACAACAGCAACACAUUAAACAUAUGGCAGUAAUGAAAGUAAUGAUGAGAAAAAAUAUUUAAAAAUAAAAUACAAAAUACAAAAGGGGUAAAAAAAGAAUAUCAAGUUAACAAAAUAAAAAGGAAUGAAGCACUUAUUUUUAUUUAUUUAUUCAACCAGGAAUGUCCCAUUGAGAUUAAAAACCUCUUUUUCGAGGGAGUCCUGGCCAAGAGGCAGCAAAACUUCAUUAUUAGUUUGUGGCGGUAAAUCAGAUCUUUGAUUAUGUUUAACUCCUUACCAAUGUCACACUUUUUCACGCAGAUUUUGGCAUGACCAGAGACAUCUAUGAAACCGACUACUACAGGAAGGGAGGGAAGGGCCUGCUGCCCGUCAGGUGGAUGGCUCCAGAGUCUCUGAAGGACGGAGUCUUCACCGCACACUCGGACUGCUGGUCAGUAAAAACGGUGAUAAUGGGAGUGGUGAGGGAUCGUCUCUGUGCAGGUGGAGACACAAACAAUCUGACCAUGAGAGGAAAGCGAACAGCUCGUAGUUAAAACGUAGAGAAACCAGAGUUUAUUGAGGACAUUCAUGAAUGUUCAGUAGUUUGGGAUAUAACCUUUAAGAAGAUCUCAUAAUGAGACGUGAAUGUCAGCCAAUAAGAGAGAAGCAGCCCGCUCUUAGAUAAAAACAAUCUUCUGACUCAGAAUUGAGUUUCACUUCAUGCUCUUAUAGCUUUUUAAUGUUUUUUUGUGAUAAGUCAAUCAACAAACCUGUUUUUCAAAGGGUAAUUGUUUCUCAUCAGGUCCCUUUAGAGCUUCUCCAUCAAGCAUUAAAGCGGAGCGGAAUAACAAACAGUAAACACAUUACAGAUAUAAAAAUAUCAGAGCGGAACACGUGUGUGCAGCUAACCUGUUUUCAACCCCAACUUUGUUUACCAGCGUUGCACCCUGCUGCCUCCUGCCCCGAGUCGACCCUCUCACUGCCUCAAGUGUUUACCAACAGAUUAACUCUGUCAGGUGUCUAAUUGGCGUGUCCUCAUUCUCUCUGUGUCUCUGUUAUUGUCUCUCUCCCGCUCGUCCGUUGUGUCAGGUCGUUCGGGGUCGUGCUGUGGGAGAUCAGCACGCUGGCCGAGCAGCCGUACCAGGGCCUGUCCAACGAGCAGGUCCUCAAGUUUGUGAUGGACGGGGGCUACCUGGACCGGCCGGAUAACUGCGCAGAUAGACUGUGAGUACAAGGGCGGGGCUGCAGUCAGAUAAGGUCGUAGGAAAACAUGUGUCGUCUUGUAAUAACUGAAACAUUACAGAUUAUCUGCUGAGACUUAAGUUGAUUCAGAUUGCUCGGUGACAAAUUUUUAUGGGUAGUACACUCGACAGCGAUGUCAGGAAAGCACAUUUGUGGGUAACUUGGAUAGAUCUCUGCUCCACACAUGAUUUUUCACAUGAAGAGCAAGGCUUGGUGAGAAACUGUUGUAGAAAAAUAAGAUUGAGUUUAUUUAAAGUUACAAACUUCCCUCUGAUGGUUAUAAAAUGUUCAUCAUUUAAAGCCGCUGUGAGGAGAUUUCAACAUUUAUCAAGUAGACUUAUAUUUUCAUUGAUGCCUUAAAAGCAAACAAGACCAUAAGCAUCAAAACUGAUUGUUCCUUUACUCUUAUAUCUAAUUCCUGAAGUAAGGAAGCUGCGGCAGGUCAGAGUGAUUAGCAGAACAUUGUAGGAGUAGAAAUAUAUGCAUUUACCACAGAAACCUGCCUUGAAUAGUGAUGUGUUUUACCGUGUAAGAAAACAGGAUGAGAUUUUUACAAGAAGAAGAUUGGCAAAAAGAAAAGAGCAAAAAAUCAAAACCAACACCAGGUUUUCCCCUACAUGCAAUUGAUCGUGACGCGCCGCCACGGCUAAAUAAAAGCCACCACAGCUAAAAAAAAAAAAAUUUUUUUUAUCUCACAUAGUUCUACCUCGGACUCAUAUGUAUCAACAGUGUUUCCCCUACAUUCAUUCAGCGGCGCCGCUACUAAAUAACAUGCGCCGCUACUGAAAUUUCACAUGAUCAUUAAUAUCAAUGUACCACUAACGAUUCUACUCGCACUGUGUGAGCACAACAACGGUCUGUAGAGGGAGUAGCGUGUGUAAAGUAACGUGAAUGUAACAGCGUAGCAACAACACAGUCCAUUGACUCUUUGCUGUGAACCUUUAUCUAUCACAUUAUGUUGCAUUAGUUUAAACCAAAAAGCUGUCAGACAAUCAAAAUAAGAGAUUUAAAUACUUGAUGUUCAGACGGAGGACUAUGUUGGAAAGACAUACUUAAUGAAAGACAGAAAUAACUUACAAACAAACUUAAAUCUAACCCUCUUUGUAUCCUCACGCAGACACAACCUGAUGCAGAUGUGCUGGCAGUACAACCCCAAGAUGCGACCCACCUUCCAGGAGAUCAUCGAGAUGCUGCGUGAGGACCUGCACCCCUCCUUCCAGGAGGUGUCCUUCUUCUACAGCGAGGAGAACAAGCCGCCAGAGACCGAAGACUUUGACCUGGACAUGGAGAACAUGGAGAGCAUCCCACUGGACCCGUCAUCCUGCUCCCAGAGGGAACACUGUUUGGACAGGGACGAGGCCUCCUCCAUGGGCCUGAGGGGCAGUUACGAGGAGCACCACAUCCCCUUCACACACAUGAACGGGGGAAAGACCAACGGACGAAUACUGGCCCUGCCACGGUCCAGUCCCUCCUAACAUAGCGUACACAGCCCUCGCUCAAACAUGUCAGUGCUAUAGAUUUAAAUCUAUUUUUGUUUUUGUUGUCAUUUUAUAGAGAUCACACUUUUAUCACUCUCUCCUCAGAAGCCGCUCAGUGCUAAUCUCAGGACCUUAUUUUUCUUCUCCGAUGCCACAAACACACACUACAGCACGUCCAAACACGGAUACCAGACGACACUUUUUGUAUUUAAAGACAAACCUCCAGUGUCUCUUGUUCUUGAUUGUAGUUUAUAUACUGUAUAUAUAUAUUGCCAAGUUUGUGCUAGACCGGGUGGAUUAAAGGAUUCAACUGUGAAACAAACUCUUGACAAACAAGAAGGCUGCUAAACCCACUGCCCCUCUCCCAAGUCCAGACUUUGUCCCUCCCUUCCUCCCUCCAUAAUUCAACACAAGGGUUCACCUCUUGGUUGUUGCGUUUUGAAAAAAAGAAAGAAAAAGUGCCCUUCUAUUUUGUCUGUUGCCUACAUCAGUUGUCAUGGAACUUUGUCAGAAUCUUUGUACACAUUGUAAUGACGAACUGAAAAUUGAAAGACUUUGGGAACUCUCUGCUGGACGGACCGGAGCGGUCCAUCCUUGAACAAACUCUGAUCCACUGGAGAAGCUAGUUGAAGUGGCUUACCUCCUCACACUCUGCAGUAUUCCAAAAAAGGCACACAGGAUGAACACAGGACUUUUGUCGGGUGAUAUUUUUUACAGUUGUUUACUUGUCUUUCUUUCUUUUUUUUUUUUUCUUUUUUUUCUCUGUUUUGAGUUUUCACAUUUACAGCUGAAGGAUAUUUAAACUGUUUUCAGAAAACAUGUUGGUGAAUGAGUUCCUCAGAUUGACCAAUAGCUGCUUCUUUGGAAUAUUUUAGUGGGUAUAGAAGAUAGAAAAGUAUAUAAAUAUAUAUAUAUAAAUAUAUUAUUGAUGUUUUUGUACAUAGCUGAUAUGUUGUCAUUCUCGAGGUAUUUCCGGUCAUAGAAAAUGUUUUUACAUGUUAGUCUCUUACGUUUAUUUUUUCUAAUCCAGAAACUCAUACUAAGUAGCUUUUUUUGGACUCAUGAUCAACCAACAGCACUUGGUCUUUUUGCUAUGUGAUGCCCUGGUGGAGGAGUGUUUGGCGUCUUCAGCUUAAGAUGUCUGCCCAUCAUAUCAAGAUCAAAUAAAAUAGUGCUGUAAAUAAUGCAGCAAGGUGCAUUCAAGAAGCGGCUCCAGCAGUGCUUCUCUUUUACCUUUCUCUUAUGUGGUUUUUCAGCCAGUGAUGUGUUUGAUUAGAUUUUAUAUCACUCACUUUGCAGAAAAAAGUGAGGAAGGGUGAGCACACUUGUAUAAACUGACACACGAGGUUGAGCAGAUUUGAGAUGGGCUUCUUGAAGAAAAUGCAGACACUGAUACUUACCGAUUCCUUCUGAUGGUUUGGAUCACAUCUAUUAUUUUUUGUUGGACUGCAAGCUUUCACGUGAAAUGCCUGCAAACACGUAAAUCACAAAAUGACUGCUCACAUCUGCGAGGCACAUUCUUUGUAAGAAAAAAAAAACACAUUUUUCCUUCAUAUUGUCAAGCACCCUUUGCUUAACAUGAAACAUAAUAAUGCUUAAGUUUCAUGACAAAAUGGGUUCUUUAAAAGUGUCAGUUAAAAUGUUAAGGCCUAAAUGCCGUUCAGGGUGUUGUAAGUUUCAAUGGUGGAUGACUGUGAAAUGCAGUGCAAUGGUGCCACCUGCUGGACAACAAUGGAACUGAAACAACCAUCUACAUCAGGUUUAUGCAGUGGCACCAGUGUUUAAUGCUGAAUUCAGUUUACUAUAUUCUGUGGCAGGACUGACCAAAUGAUAACAAUAAGUAUAUUUAUUGAUGCACAACAAAGACAAUACUCUCAUGCUAAUAUAUCAUUUGAAAAAGUCAUCACUUGCAAAGAUUUCUUCCAAACACAAGCCAGAUGAAACUUACAGGAGAAAAUGCAGUCCUUAUUCUGUGUUUAUGAGUUUUCAAAAGACAAAAAGAAGCUCCACCAGCCUGUGUUCAAACCUAAUGUCAAAGCUGCAGCUAUUUCAGUGCACGUCUCCCAAGGAAGUUUUGGAUAGCAUUAAAUUUAGUCCUAUUUCUCUUUCGUUUCACUAGGAUCAGAAUGGAACUUUUUACCAGAUGAAUAAUCAAAUUGAAUACUAACUAAUGUGUAUUCAAGUGAGUUUUAAGAGGACCUGACAGCUUUAAAAACUUUACCCUCAAAUGAGUGGUUGUCUAUAACAAACAAGUCUGUUAUUACAGUCAUUAUUUCCAAAAAGUCAACCUAAGAUGUUUUUUUAGUACUUUUGUCAUUUGUUGUCAAGGAUAACAUGCUGUAUAAAAAAAUAAUUUUAGUGUUGGGUGCUUUUAAAUGUAUCACACAGUUUGUCCCAGCAGGUGGAGCCACCCAGUUGUCACAGAAUUCUCAUUGACAAACUGAUCAUGUUUUUAAAUAUUGAGGGAUUUCUUGUCCAUGAUUGCUUUAAAAAUACUUUUUAAAAAUUACAUUACAUCAAGGAAACAGCAAAUGACAAAGUAUCCCCCCAAAUUUGCAUCUUUAAGCUUAAAUUAACUUACUAAAAUAAAAAAAAUGAAAUCCUUCUUUCCUCACCCACUUUUGUUACGUGAAAAAAACUAGUGCAUGAAGAAAAGAGUCUUGACUGUCACAUCACCUGGUGUCUUUUUUUACAGUCUAGGGCAGUGGUUCUCAACUGGUCUCACUCUGGGACCCUCAAUUUCCCAUGGUCCUUAAGUCACAACCCACUUUUGUAGAAUCCAAACCAGGCAAAUUACUUUUUUAAUAAAAAAACAAAAAAACCUUUUAAAGGUCCUUACACACUGAGGCUGACGUGAAUAUAGAACGCUAAAUUACAAAAUAUUUGAAGGAGAAUUUUGACGAGCCUGACUAUACACAUCAAGCACCGUGCGAUUUUGCGACUUUCCGGGGGGGAAAAGACACAUACCGGGGAAGACUUUUCCCGGGCAAAGUCCGGCCUCCUUCGCCUCUGAUUGGCUAGAAAAGCUGGAAACGUCAUCACAAGCUCAAGCCAAACGGUCAGCACUUACAGCCAAUCAGAGGCGAUAAGAUAAGCACAUGAAACUAUGGUAACAACCGUUCACUUACGUUAGCACAGAUGAAAGUUAAAACAAACUGUGAAAGCACACAAACCAUCAUCAUAUGAGAGGUUUGACGCUAUGACUCCACAAGUUGUCCUUCAGGUCGUUAUCUUUGUAAUAUUUGUGUCUUUUAUCAAAAAGCACUCUGUUCUCAGACACGUAAACAAUCAGCCGGUUGGCCAUGUUGGAUAUACUGAUGAAUCAGACGUCGCAACAACACGAAAUCUGAAAUCUCAACUGUGAUCCGAAA